AUGCGCGACUCGAAGCCGCGGCGGAGGGGGAGGAAUGGUCUGGAGUGCGCAUGCGAGGGAAUGUGACGCGAGUGGGGAGGGGGAAAGCGCUCCCACAAGGGGUUAAUGCGCCUGCGCGAAGAGCGGCGCGCCAGGCAAAGGAAAGGCGUUGGCGCCCUCUCUCGGCCGAAGACCGGCAUCGCGUGGGAAAAGAGGUCGGCGGUGCUGAUGUUGCAGUGACUGCGCUCUGCAAAGAGAGACGCGCUUGGCAGAGUGGCGUUGCCGUGAUUUUCUGCGGGGUUUACAACGAGUAAGAUCUAACGUAGAUGCCUAGACAGCAUCUUAAAAAGCAGAGACAUCACCUUGCCAACAAAGGUCCGUAUAGUAAAAGCUAUGGUUUUCCCAGUAGUGAUGUAUGGAAGUGAGAGCUGGACCAUAAAGAAAGCUGAUCGCCAAAGAAUGGAUGCUUUUGAAUUCUGGUGCUGGAAGAGACUCUGGAGAGUCCCAUGGACUGCAAGAAGAUCCAACCUACACAUUCUGAAGGAAAUCAGCCCUGAGUGCUCCCUGGAAGGACAGAUCGUGAAGCUGAGACUCCAGUACUUUGGCCACCUCAUGAGAAGAGAAGACUCCCUGGAAAAGACCCUGAUGCUGGGAAAGAUGGAGGGCACAAGGAGAAGAGGACGAUGGAGGACGAGAUGGUUGGACAGUGUUCUCAAAGCUACCAGCGUGAGUUUGACCAAACUGCGGGAGGCAGUGGAAGACAGGAGUGCCUGGCGUGCUCUGGUCCAGGGGGUCACGAAGAGUUGGACAUGACUAAACGACCAAACAACAACAAGAUCUUACGUAGUAGCGUAAGAGCCAAAGGCCUAUCUAGCCAAGCUUUCCUGUCUCAGAGUGGGCAACCAGAUGUCCCAACGAGAAGUUGGGAAGCAGGACUUGAAUGCUUCAGUGAUUUCCCCACUUGGGAAUCUCAAAACUCACACCAUCUUAUUUAGCUGUUUGCAAAAAGCAAAACAAAGCGAAAACAAAAAAAAGCUACCACCUAGCUGUAAUCAGUAAUUUUAAAACAAUUAAGGCAGCUCUGCUAGAAUAGAAGAAAACAAGCAGAAAGUUUUCUCACCAGCAAAAGAAACAGAAAUACUGAUGUUGAAGAUGCAGUUGUAGGAGAAUAUAUUAACAUGCAGCCCAGUCUCUUUGCAGUUUAUUCAGCAGUCACACUCUUUGAAUUAUUUGGGACUUACUCCCAAGUAACUGGAUAGGUUUGCAUCCAUCUAUCUCAAAUCAUAAGCCCACUGAUUUGGAGUUCAAUCCUAAUAUACAGACCUGGAGACAGGAGAGGCCCUCUACUGAUGGAGAGAAAAUCUGUGCGUGUAAAUCUUCAACUUUCUGUGUUUUCACAAGGCCUGCUUCAGAGAAGGUCACAGGUAGCUUUGGAAUCUUUGGAUCCAAGGCCCUUUUAUUCACCUGAGUGGUUCCAGGACUGGGUCUGUCAAAUGUGCCAGCCUUGAGAUAGAAUAGCUCCAGGACAUUUGGUCCAGCUGUUGGUCUGAGGAUUCUGAUUCUGUGGAUCGUUCAGAAGUAAGUCUCACUGGCCACCCAGAUUCUGUAUGAAGAAGAGCUUCUGAUGGUAGAGAAUAUAGCCUCUGGGGGAGGGGGAAUAUUCUGCACAAUUUCAAAGAUUUUGAAAGCCCCCCAUUUCAAUGCUAUUUGAAUAAGCACUCUGCUACAGGGUGGCACUGUCGGUUAAACCACAGAGCCUAGGACUUGCCGAUCAGAAGGUCGGCGGUUCGAAUCUCUGCGACGGGGUGAGCUCCCAUUGCUCGGUCCCUGCUCCUGCCAACCUAGCAGUUCAAAAGCACGUCAAAGUGCAAGUAGAUAAAUAGGUACUGCUCUGGCAGGAAGGGAAACAGCGUUUCCGUACGCUGCUCUGGUUUGCCAGAAGCGGCUUAGUCAUUCUGGCCACAUGACCCAGAAGCUGUACGCCAACUCACUUGGCCAAUAAAGCGAGAUGAGUGCCACAACCCCAGCGUCGGCCACGACUGGACCUAAUGGUCGGGGUCCCUUUACCUACCAGGUAUCUUUAGGUGUUUUCGGAGAUGACAAGUGAACUAGUUUGUGAAAAGAGGGAAAAUGCUAAUCCUGACUUCUCUCUUUGCUUUUUUUGCCAGGAUCCAAUCUGGCAACAAGUCACACUCUUUUCAGUGUUACACAAGCACAACGCUUCCUCCCCGGCUCAUGUCCUGCUCCUUUUUUAAAAAACAGAUUUUUUAUUAAAUUUUCACAUUUUUACACAUUUUAUCUCCAACCAAUUCAACCAUUAAAAUAUUAGGUCCGCUGAAACUUCGGACUUCCUUCCCUCCCUCCCAUGGGUUCUUAAAUUAAAAUUUUAAGUUUUCUGCAUCUUUUACUUUAUCCAACUAUUAUAUAUCACUAAUUAUCCUAACCAAUUUUUUUUAAAAUGAUAUUUAUUGAAGUUUCACAUGAAAAGAGACAUCUUAAUAAAAAAAAGAAAUUUGAAAAUAAAAAGAAAAAUACACCAUACAAAAUACAAAAAAGAAAAAAAAGAAAAAACAGUUAAAAACAAUUCCAUCUUUCAUCUAACACCACAUUACCAUUUCCCUGACCUCCUCUUCCUCCCUCUUUUUGUAUUCCAAUUAAUUUGUCCAUAAUUCCUUUCCCUCCUUAAUCCCAAUCCCUUCAUCUUAAUAUAUUACUAACAUUAAAUUUUAACCUAUUAAAGCCAAUUUUCCAUUUCUUGCUUUUUUAAUCCUAAAUCCUUAAUCUUGGUCAUAUAUGCUUUAAAGCCUGCAGCUAAGAGCCAUGAUUUAAUCCAGCAUCAUUUCUAACAUUCUUUAAUUUUACCCAAUGUUUCUGUAAGUAAUCUUUAUGAAUUUCUUCCGGUCUUCUUCCACACAAACUCUUCUCCUGGUCACCCAGUUCUGCCAGUCAUCUCCAGCCAAUUCCAUAUAGUCCAUCAAUUUCAUCUGCCAUUCCUCCAGUGUAGGUAGCUCUUGUGUCUUCCAGUGCUGCGAUGAGUAUUCUUGCCUGCUGUUGUAGCAUCACCAAAAAAGUUCUAUCUUUUUAACACCAAUUGCCGACUAUGCAGGAGAAAGGCCUCUGGUUUCUUCCAGAAGGUAUAUUUAAUGCUUUAAUUCAUUAUAUCAUCUCCAUGACCUUAAUCUUUGGGCGUCCACCAAGGUGAAAAAUGUACCUUCAGUUUCUUUACAUUUCCAAACUUAUUGCAGACCCAGAUGGGUUUUUGCAAACAUUCAGUUAUAACCUCACCUGUAUAUCACGUUUCCAUAAUAUUCUCUCUUAUGGCAUUACAUGCCGUAAAUUUCAUACCUGUGGUCCUUGCUGUUUGAUCAUGAACAUAAUGUUGUGUCAACGUCUUGUGCCAUUCCCAAUCAUGCAGAUUUCACGUUUCAUCCUGAGUGUUCAUUUCAGCAACCAAGUUAUCCCGAUCUUGACAAGUCUGGUUGGGUUCUAACAGUUCUGUUUCUAAUUUUGGUUUUUUGCCUGGAAGCCAAUUUUCUUGUCCCGAAUUGUACCUCAUUAUCUGAUAAUAAUGAAGCCAGUCUAUGCUGUUUUUAAUUUUUCAAAACUCUGCAAUUUCGGUCUAUCUCCAUCUUGUUCAAAAUUUCCCAAUAUUUGACCAUUUGACCUCCAUAUUGAGCUUUUAAACUUGCCAUUGUUGACAACCACCUUGGGUUGUUUUCAAUAAAUCUUGUAUCUUAUCCAAACAUUAAACAAUGCUUUCCCCAGCAAUGUGAUUUUUAAAUGCUUUAUGUGCUGACCUCCUCCUUCUCCACAGAUAACCAUGCCAUCCAAAUACAUUGGCAAAACCUUCUAGAUCCAAAAUGUCCAGUCUUUCAAAAGCAGCCAUUCUCAGCUCAGCAAGGCUGUGUUCAUAAUAAAGUUUAAGGUCUGCAGAACCGUCCACCUCUUUCUUAAUCUGUUGAUAUUUUCCAUUUACAUUCGGGCGCGCUGCCAGACCAGUCUAAAAAUAUCUCUCACCACCUCUUGAAACAAUUCAUUUUUAUCCACGGUUUACGUGUUUGAGCAAAACAAACUCCAAACUGGCCAUUCGGCACUACGCCAGCAAUCAUUAGCAGCGACUUCAAGUUGUGUUCUAAAUCUUUUUUCACUUCAGCCCAGCAUUUUUCAUAGUUAUCUUUGAAUAAAUUCCCAUUUUUUGCUGUCAUAUUAAUCCCCUUAUCAUAACCAAUUUCAUAUCACAAAUGUCAUUACAACGCUACCAAUUAUUUUAACUGUUUGCAGUGGUUUUUAAAGUAAACUACAAAUUUACUCCAAUCUCUAACAUAUACUUGAUCUUCUUGGUUUCUGAUCUUCCCCGUCAGUUUCGCCAUUUCUGCAUAUUCCAUCAAAUCCGCCUGCCAUUCUUCCUUUGUGCUCAUGUCUUGUUCCUUUCUGGUCUUGGCUACUGUAAUCUCCUCUUCUGUGACCUCACAUUAUCUCAUUUUUGACACCUUGAAUUUAUCCAGCACUCUCUGCCCCACAUCACUCACCUCUCUUGUUGCUGUUACUCUGGUUAGAAGGUGGUCGUCCUUAAAUACCAUCUCUGGUUUCUUUCCCACAAGCUCCACAUCUAAUCAGUGGCCCCUGCUUUACAAAACUGAGCUUGGGCCAAGGAAACCUGUUUGGAAAUGUCAUAAGAAGAAGACGACUGCGCCCUUUCCCUUAUGGGGUAUCUAAGAGCCCGUAUAGAGUCCUUAUGUAGGUUCUCAAUCCAUAGGAGAAAAUAACAGAGGCCAACCAGAGAAUAUUGAGAAGCAAAGCAGCUCAUAAGCCUGAUCUUUAUUGAACUGUUGCAACAGGGAGGGAGGGAGGAGAGGAACCCAGAACAUUGGUGUGCAAGCUCUUAUAUAGACUUUUGAAACCCUGUAGCUCAAGACCACCCCUCAAAACAUCAUACAUACAUCACAGAAAGAGGUGGUCCCCAGCAGAAAUUUGAGUGUGUUGCUUCUCUCCUGUCUGCCAGGAUACCUGAUAAUGCCUCAUCUGAGUGCCUUUUCUGGGUAGCCUGGCCAUUCCUUGGAGAAUGGUAAAUACUUAGUUCCUGGAUCUCUUACGCAUACUGAUAGUUUGCUUAGCUUAACAGAUACUUCCCAAACUGUAUUUGAAAAGGGAGGUGUAAGCCCCUAAAGUCCAAAGAAAAUUGGAAAGCUUUCCCCAUUUCCUUCCUCCUUGCAGAGAAAAUAUUUGAGGUCAAUUUGGGAGAGUCAAAAUGGCUUCAGGAUUGCUCUCCUGUACUAUUUCAGAUGCGUGGUUUAUAUACCUAUGUAUGUGUUUGCCUUGUACAUUUAUUAACAUUUAUUUUAUAUAUAUAAGACCUUAGAAUUCCUAUAACAGAAACAACUAGCCUCUGCCAUGUGGAAUGAGAUUAUCUUGAUCAAGUGCAAACACCACACAAUGAUGGGAGGUUUCACAUUUUUAUUUCCUACAAUGUUUGCACAGCUAGGCUGCCCUUCUCUAAUGGAGGUAAUAAAGUCUGUCUUUGAUAAACACAGAUAAACAUGUUUCUCUGUUCCACAGCCAGGCAGCCUGGAUACAACUGUUGAUAACAGUCAGCUGGGGUGAGGGCUUGCCUUUCCCAUGCAGGAAGAUGAGAGGAACACCUCUGUAACUGCACAAAUUCUUCACACAUGCCUUGGGCCUCUUUGGUACAACAAAAUGUCUUCAUCACGUUAAGAAGUCUGGACUGUUUGCAUCUCUUCACACUUCAGUCUUACUGGCCAGCUGUCCAGCCCUCUUUAGCCUUUGUUGACCUUGGAAAACAGUCCCUCUUAGCCUCAUCCACUAUGGGAUGCCUGUAAUAAAAAACCAUCCACACGCCACACAUCCUUGGAGCUUGUUAAGUUAAGCACUAAUUAUUACUUUUAACACACGAGAAACCACAUAAAUGUUUGGCUACCUUCUUUUAUCUAUUAUAUAAAAUAGAUUCUAUAAACUACCUUCUUACGUUAUGGCUUCAUAUGUUCUUAGCAAUCCUGAUAGGCUCAGCAAAUGUCUUCCUAAUAACCUAUCCUAUACCUGAAGGAUUCCAUACAAGGUUACAAUACAGUGGUACCUCGGGUUACAUUCGCUUCAGGUUACAUACGCUUCAGGUUACAGACUCUACUAACCCAGAAAUAGUGCUUCAGGUUAAGAACUUUGCUUCAGGAUGAGAACAGAAAUCGUGCUCCAGCGGCGUGGCAGCAGCAGGAGGCCGCAUUAGCUAAAGUGAUGCUUCAGGUUAAGAACAGUUUCAGGUUAAGUACGGACCUCCGGAACAAAUUAAGUCCUUAACCCGAGGUACCACUGUAUAUGAUAAAAUUGUUGGUUGCCACAGAAUAGUCUUAAGUGGACACGCCAGGACAUUUGUGCUUUGAUGAUGUUCCAAAGAUGUUGAUACAUCACAUUUAGCUAGAUGUAACAUUGAAUCACCUUGUUGUUGUUAUUUAGUCAUAUCAGACUCUUCAUGACCCCAUGGACCAGAGCACGCCAGGCACUCCUGUCUUCCACUGCCUCCCGGAGUUUCGUCAAAUUCAUAUUGGUAGCUUCAAUAACACUGUCCAACCAUCUCGCCCUCUGUCGUCCCCUUCUCCUUGUGCCCUCCAUCUUUCCCAGCGUCAGGGUCUUUUCCAGGGAGUCUUCUCUUCUCCUGAGGUGGCCAAAGUCUUGGAGCCUCAGCUUCAGGGUCUGUCCUUCCGGUGAGCACUCAAGGCUGAUUUCCUUAAGAAUGGAGAGGUUUGAUCUUUUUGCAGUCCAUGGGUCUCUUAAUAGUCUCCUCCAGCACCACAGUUCAAAAGCAUCAAUUCUUCGGCGAUCAGCCUUUUUAAUGGUCCAGCUCUCACUUCCAUACAUCACUACUGGGAAAACCAUAGCUUUAACUAUACAGAAACCCUGGCUGGUGAGGGACCAUGAUGGUGCUGUUAUUAUUUAUUCAAUCUCUGUAGCAGGUGCAAUAGGAUGGUUCAUCUGGGCAGGAAAAAAGAUAGUGGGAUCAGGAGAAUACGUGUUGCUCCUGGCAACCAUUACGAAACAGGGCUGGAAUGUGGGCUGGAGAUGAGCGGGUAAGUUAUGGAGGAGUGCAAAAACUGGGAGAUGAGAGCAGCUUAAGGCAAUUUAAAUGCUCCUAGGCACUUAACCUGAGAGCACCAGCUAAUUCAUCUUUCUUCUUAUAUUCUUAGUAGAGUUAAUAAAUUAAAAAGACACCUGCUUCUUGGGAGAAAAGCGAUGACAAACCUAGACAGAUAUUAAAAAGCAGAGACAUCACCUUGCUGACAAAAGUCCGUAUACAGUGGUACCUCGGGUUAAGUACUUAAUUCGUUCUGGAGGUCUGUUCUUAACCUGAAACUGUUCUUAACCUGAAGCACCACUUUAGCUAAUGGGGCCUCCCGCUGCUGCCGCGCCCCCGGAGCACGAUUUCUGUUCUCAUCCUGAGGCAAAGUUCUUAACCUGAAGCACUAUUUCUGGGUUAGCGGAGUCUGUAACCUGAAGCGUAUGUAACCUGAGGUACCACUGUAGUUAAAGCUAUGGUUUUCCCAGUAGUGAUGUAUGGAAGUGAGAGCUGGACCAUAAAGAAGGCUGAUCGCCGAAGAAUGGAUGCUUUUGAAUUCUGGUGCUGGAGGAGACUCUUGAGAGUCCCACGGACUGCAAGAAGAUCAAACCUCUCCAUUCUGGAGGAAAUCAGCCCUGAGCGCUCACUGGAAGGACAGAUCCUGAAGCUGAGGCUCCAAGACUUUGGCCACCUCACGAGAAGAGAAGACUCCCUGGAAAAGACCCUGAUGUUGGGAAAGAUGGAGGGCACAAGGAGAAGGGGACGACAGAGGACGAGAUGGUGGGACAGUGUUCUUGAAGCUACCAGCAUGAGUUUGACCAAACUGUGGGAGGCAGUGGAAGACAGGAGUGCCUGGCGUGCUCUGGUCCAGGGAGUCACGAAGAGUCGGACACGACUAAACAACAACGAAGAAUGGAGCCUGCAUGUUCAGAGGCAGUCUACCUGCAUCUGCCAUGUGCUUGGGGGCCAAAGAGCAAGCUUUCUUUCUGGGCACCUGAUUGGCUACUGCAAGGAAACAGGCUGCAACUGCCAAUUUUUGGGGCUGGCUGGGGGUCAAAAACAUCUGGGGGGCACCCCAAUCCUUCAGGCCUCUUUUUGAAAUUCUUGAGGACUAGCCCCCUCCAUCUAAUUCACCCUCAGGACCAACCACUUAAAACUAACGGAGGCGCGUUUUCAUUUUAUUUCUUCCCCCCCCCCCCGCGCGCUACCCUUGCUGGGACUCGUAGUUCAUUCGGCGCGCUCCUCCUCGGCUUGCCUUUAAUCCAUGCCCCUCUUCUCGGACUACGUUUCCCAGGAGGCUGCGCGGCCUGGAGCCGCGAAGGAAGAUGGGGCGAGCGUGCCCUCGAGAGGGGCGGGGCCCCCGCAUCCCAACGCGAUCCGGGACGUUGUUUUUUUUCCCCUUCUCCCCGCCCUCCCGCCCGUCAGUUCCACCCUCUGCCCCAAUCAGCGCGCCAUGGGGACCUUGGGACGGGCGGCGAUUGGCCAGUUCGGAAGGGAGGCCGAAGUUUGAAAUAUUUAAACGGCGGCAACGGCGGAGGGAGCUGAGGCGACGGCGAGACGAGGCCCCGGCGGCUCCGAGGUACGGGAGGCGAGAACCGGGAGUGGCGAGAGGAGAAAAAAGAUUCGGGAGAGCGACUGCUUUCCCUGCGGUCCGCGACGGGGGUGGGUGGGCAUCCCGCUCACCUGAGGUAAAAACCGCAGGUAGUUCCGCGGGUUCUGAAGGUGCGGGGUCCGAAUUUCAGGGUCCUGAGGAGAAGCCCAACCCCAACCCCUCCGUUAGUUUCCUGGGUCUGUCGGUUUGGUUCCCCCCCCCCCGCCUUUGUUUCCCGCCCUUCCCCCUGCCUAAGGGCCCAAGGGCGGGUCGAGGCCCUCGAAGCAGCCGGGCGGCCCUAGGAAGAACUGGCCUCGGCGGGUCGCUUACCUGCCGUCUCCCCCCGCUGGGCUUCCCGGUGGAAGAGGGCGCCACGUCCGAAGCCCCGGAGAGCCGCUUCCAGUCGGGGGAGGCCCGUUCGAGCUCGCGAGUCUGAGUCUCCCUUGGGCAGCUUCCUAUUGUGGGGAUUCUGGGGGUGGAAAUGGGCCCUAUAGCCUGGGGAAUGGCUCAGGGCCUCCUCCCUCCCUCAACCGCCAAAGACAAUAUUAUUAUUAUUUUUAUUUAUUUAUUUAUUUAUUUAUUUAUUUAUACAUAUAUACAUGCCUACCCCACCCAUCUGGCUGGGUUUCCCCAACCACUCUGGGGUCUUCCAACAAAAGAUUUAAAAAGAUUAAAAAUACAUUAAAAAGACAAGAGGCCAAAGGGUGGGUUGUUUUGUUUUGUUUUGUUUUUAAAUAAUUUUUAUUAAAUAGUUUCUUUUAGGUUACAAAAAUAUGGGCAUUCUCUCCUUUUUCAGGUUGUAGAGCCUAUUCUACAGAUCCGUUGUAUUUGAUGAGAGACAUUAUGUAAGGCUGCCAUAUUUCAAAAACUGAAAAUCCAGACGCAAAAGUUCAGCUUUUUAAAAUAUAUACAAAGUUGCUCAUCUUUUUUGGCAAAAUCGCAAAAAACAACAACAAAACGGUUUUUGAGCUAUUUUUGAGGGAAAGAGGCAAAAGUGACACUGCCAAUGCAGAUUGCCAUAUGUCACGAUUUCCCCAGAUGUUUUGCCGUUUCCCGCCCAGACGCAGCUUCCAACUGUAGUAUUCUGUGUAUGUCUGUGAAAUUCUGGAUGUACAGUGGUGCCUCGCAAGACGAAAUUAAUUCGUUCCGCGAGUUUUGUCGUCUUGCGAUUUUUUUUCGUCUUGCGAAGCACGGUGUCGGGAAAGUUUUGGAAAAGCUUCAAAAAUCACCAAAGUCUUUAAAAACCUCAAAAAAGGCUACCACACCGCGUUCUAUGAGUUGCUCCUCGAAGUCAAGUCACAACUGUAUUAACGGUGUUAAGAAAAAGGAAACAAACUUGCAAGACGUUUCCGUCUUGCGAAGCAAGCCCAUAGGGAAAAUCGUCUUGCGAAGCAGCUCAAAAAACAAAAAACCCUUUCGUCUAGCGAGUUUUUUGUCUUGCGAGGCAUUCGUCUUGCAAGGUACCACUGUAUGGCAACCACCAUUGUAUACAGUAUAAGGGGGUGGAAGAGAGGAAGGGGUGGUAAACAAGAGGCCAGAGUUGAGUGACGUGAGUUACAUGCUGGAUGCAAAAGCUUAAGGCUGGAAAGUCGGAGAGAGAGACGGACAGACAGGCCUGAUUUCCUUUUAGGCUCGGGUUGUAUAUAUGUGUAAAUAAACCAUGUACCAUAAAGGCAGCACCAUCUCUGCUGUACAGGCAGCGACCAUUUCUCGUGAAAACUCUGUUCCCAGCCCCCACAUGCAUCAGCCCCCACAUAAGCAUGCCCUGUUAUGCCCCCCUCUUAUGCCCUCUUCCAGGUUUAAAAGGACCUGGAUGUCUGCGAUUGCAUGUCAAUUGAAUGCACCUAAAAUAUUCACCUGUAUCUCGUUCCAAAAAGAAACACAAACCUUGAGUUAGUGCCAAGAACCCUUGCGAUCUCACACCGCUUGCAGAUUGGGGGUGGGAUACAACACUAUGUUCCACCCAUCCUUCAUCAUGUGGUCCAAGUAUUAUUUACAUACAGCUCAGUAUAAGUAGCUGUUAAACAGGAUGCAUAUUCUGAUCUCAUCUUUAUGUCUUGAUCUGGUGUUGUCAUGUAUGACCCAUACAUAGGGGCCAACACAAAGAAGGCCCCCUCACACACUCCUGCUCAUAGAGCUUCAUAAGGCAGCAAAGCUUCCAGCAGGACCUCCCCUCCAGAUCAUAACAUCUAGACAGGUUUAUAUGGGUUCCUCUCUCUUUUAACCCACUCACCCAGCAGGAUGGGAAAAAGUGAUGGCUGCAAAGCCAAGUGUUGAGACAAGUGGCGUUCUGGGCUUCUUAGAGGAAUCUGGUUGACUGAAACGGAUACUAGUGAUUUUGACACUAGAUAGAUGACCCUUUCAUCUGCUAGCAGAGCUGUUCUUGCAUUCAGAAGGCAAGUUUGCUUUAGAUGAGGUGAGGUAUUCUGCAAGUUCUUUAUUUCCAAUGGUUCUGAUAGAGACAGUGAUGGUUUAGUUGCUUUCUGUUUGAGAGAAACACCAGGCAGAUAAAUGGAUGAUUAAUCAUUAAGUUCCCUGUACAACAGCGCCAAAGCAGUGAGUAGAUACAAAUUUUUGGAAUGCCACCACUGCUCUGGUGCAUGAUGCAUAUUAACAGAACAUUCAAGGCCGAUUGCCAGGAGGUUUUAGAAUACUUACAAUUCUUCCUCUUUCCAGUGUACUUUUUUGCUCUGUUGCAGAGUAAGGCCUGUCUACUUGCUCUGUGUUACACUCUCCUGGUUUUGUGUUGUGGUGACAUAAUUUAGGUAUUAUAGCCUGCCCUAACUGUUAGCUUUUAGAGUGGAGAACAAGUUAAAAAUGGAGAGCUUUUUGAUCACUAAAUAAUAUGCAUCCAAUUAAAAACUUGGUUCUAGCCAUUUCACAUAAUGGGAAGAAAAUAAGAGCACACAACUGGAAGGAAUGUUAGGUCUCAAAAUAACCAGCCCAAUUUUCAGCUGCAGGGUGUUGGUUAGGGGGGAUUUCAUUGUUCUAGCGAUUCCCCCCGCCCCAUGCCUUCCUUUCUCAGGCACUAUGACAAAUCUAAACUUAGGGCACCUAGGCGAAAGCUGGCCUGGCAUUAAGCAGGAGAUUUUGGGUGUCUUAAGAGGCUUUCUGGUUCCCCUUUGCACCAAGUCUAACACAUCAGCCCCAAAUCCCCUGCUGUCCCUUUAACACCUAUUUUUAACUUGUCCCAUCUUGAUGUUGCCUAGAGCUUGUGGGGCCUGAAUUACAGGGCAUACGAUGUCAGGGGCAUUUAUUUUUGGGUUGCUGGGAAGGGAGACACGGAUCUCUAGCUGGGGUGGAGGGGCAUAAGAAGUCUGGGAAAUACUGGCACAGCUUUUAUCUCUCUCACUUGACUCUCCCUGUUCCACAAAUGAGUCUGUUGCAACAUCAAGCAUGAUGGAUAAGCAGAAUUAGCAUGGGGAUAACAUUGCAGAUCCACCAAGACUUCCUGGCUGGCACAUUACGGUUUGCAUCUUGGCCUUAAAGUGCAGGGCCUCCCACAUGUUUGUUAGGCCCCAGAGCUCUGUACCAGGAGCUGAGUCAGGUUGUGACCUUGCAGAGCACCCAGAAACAGUUGGAACAGCUCUGACACUGGUACCAGCAGGGUACAUGGUCUGCAUCCGUAAAUUCCACCAGAAAUGGUGAAGGAUAGUUGGGGAAAAAUACUUGUGGGGGAAGAGAAUAACAAGUUUUUUUCUUUACAACAUAGAAACAUUAGAAAUGGGCUCAUUCUGAGAGAAGAUGCUAAUUGCAUCAUAGAAUAAUAAAAUUGGGUUGUUCACUUUGAGCUGCUGCUUGACACGUUUCCUGCUUCCACAUUAGAAUGUUGAUUUUUCAUAUUGUUCCUGAUCCCAAAUAAUACAGUCACCUUUCUUUGUUAUCAUGGGGUCAUUGGCUUCUAUUUUCAACUUAUUUUUUGCUAGCUGAAGGCAGAUAUUGGGGGGUGGGGUGGGAGAAAAAGGGCUCAGCAUUGCAGUUUCCAUUUAUGGGCAGAUUUGAAGUGACCUGAAUAGAAACAGCAGAACCUGUGCCCUAUUAAUAUAACAAACAUUACCAUUCCAUGUGCUGAGAUUCCUAAUGCAUUUUGUGUGUUUGACAUAUAAGGUCCAGUUUAAAUGGGCAGUGCAUAGAAGUUAAACUCCAAAAACCUUUUGUUUCUCCUCCCCCUGCCCCCAAAUUGUCAUUCUACUAAGUGCUGAACAGAAUUUCUGUGUGUCUUGCAUGUGUGGAGUUGAAAGCAUAAAAACAAAAAUGCAUUUACAAAUGGCAUACUUACUAGUAAAGACAUUACCCGCCCCUCCUGGGUACCUGGGAAUUAGCUUUCUAACAUGAGGACUGUGCUGUAAGGAAAUAGGUACCUAUGGCAUGAGCAACCUUACUUACAUGAGUAAGUUUGGGGUGGGACUUACCAGGCAGUCAUCCUUUGAUGAUGCUGAGACCCUAAAAUACUUCCGCUGCUCUGCCUGAAACCUUGAUUUGUCCUGGGAUUUCCUUAGUGUAAUGGAAGCCUUGAACAUCUGUAAGUGUUUCUGCAGUGAAGGAAUGUGGGCCCUUGGGCACAAGAGGCCUGCAAGUUAGCUGGGGAUAUGGUCAAUGGGGCAAGUGGUCAGCGCAGCACCUGUGCCAGCUUGUUCUGUUUGUAGCAUGAGUUGCUCAUGUCCUCCAGCCUGGUCUUGCACAGUAGUUUCUUGGAAGUGCCUGGGCUUGAAAGCAAAAAGAUCUGCAUGAUUGGGUGGUGGCAGUGGAGGAGUGGGCAGAACGUAAUGGCUUCUAACCUUGGGUGUAAUUCAUAUUUCUCUGUGGCUUCACAGCCUCUACUUGUCUAGCAGGGAUUAUUCUUACUCCUCUGAUGAAAAGGCCGAAGCUGUGCAGUAUCAGUGAAGGAUAAAUUAUGCCCAAGGUUGGAUGUGAUUAAGUGUGGCUGUUGUGGUUCCUAGCUGGAAAAAGGCAUGCUAUGCCCUCCAUGCUGCUGGGUGACCUUUUCUGCAGAGGUGCAGAAAGUGACACAGCCCUGCCCUGUGAUGAAAGAGUUGAGAUAAGUGCUAAAAAAAGCCUGCAAUCCAUAGCCUUGCUGAACUUCACUAGUAAAGCCUAUUGAGUACCCCUGUACCAACCAAGUAAAGGUGUGAGGUGGCAGAGAGGCAGGCUUAUCUGGUAAAUUGGCUGUGGGAGGCACCAUCUCCCAGAAUGUUCUUCCUCACAAGCCCUAAUGCAAUGAACAGCAGAUGUGCAAAAGCAUCUGAAUCCUGUGUACUUAGGAGAGGAUAAUCGGGUGGGAGCAGUUGGUUUAGUGCCCUACUUGUGUGAUUUCUAGAAACAUUUAGUCCAGUAGAGCUGCUCCUCGGUUUUGUUGCUGUUCAGGCAUCUAAAUGGCUACUUGCUUUCUAACCUGUGCACAUGCUUUCCAUGCAGAAGCCCCCAGAUUAAUCUCAGAUAUUCCUAGGUGGGGCUUGGAAAUUCCUCAGCCUGAAGCCCUGGAGAGUUGAUGGCAGUCAGUGGACCAAUGGUGUAACAUGGAAUAAGACAGCUUCCUGUGUUCCAGUGAGGCUUCUUCUAAAAUAGGAAGGGUUGGUUCUCAGAGGCCUCUUAUUACAAUAAUAAAUAAAUAAUAAACCUUUAUUGUCGCUACACCACCUGUGUGCAAUGAAAUUAAACGAGCCCCCCCCCCCAUACACUCAGUCUAGUUUGCGCUCUGUGUGCUUGUCAGAAGUCAAUUACACCACUAUUUUUUUUCCAUUCAGCAGCCUACGGAUAAAAACUGUUAUUUAACCUGUUGGUGCGGCUGACUAUACUUCUGUAUCUCCUGUCCGAAGGUAGGAGAUUAAAGAAGUGCUGGCCAGGGUGUGAGUAGUCCCUAAGAAUUUACCUCGCUCUUCUGAGGCAGCGGUCUCCCGCGAUGUCAUCUAGCGAACUCUGAGGACAGCCCAUGAUGUCAUAUGCUGUAUUCGCCACCCUCUGUAGGGACUUCCUGUCCAUGACUGUCAGACCAGCGUACCACACUGUUAUACAGUAUUAAAGGACACUUUCUAUUGUGGCCCGGUAGAAGCAGAUCAUCAAUUUUUGUUUGACAUUGUUCUUUCGCAAGACCCUGAGGAAAUGGAGUCUCUGUUGGGCCUUCCUAAACCACCUGGGUUGUAUUGAUUUUCCAAGUGAGGUCUUCACUAAGGUAAACUCCCAGGAAUUUAAAGGAAGAGACUCUCCACACGCACACACCUGAUAUACAACGGGGCUAGUUCCUCUCUCUUCCUCCGAAAGUCCAACACCAUCUCCUUUGUCUUGCUGAUAUUUAGGUUCAAGUUGUUCUCUAGGCACCAUGUGAAGACUUUUUGAACCUCCUCCCUAUAUGCUGAUUCAUCUCCACCUGUAUUUAGACCCAUUAUGGUGGUAUCAUCUGCAAACUUAAUAAUUGCAGUGGAUGGAUCAGAUGAAAUGCAGUCAUAUGUAUGCAAUGAGUACAGGUAGGGAUUCAGUACGCAUCCCUGUGGGGUGCCAGUGCUGAGCUUCAAGAGGUAGAUGUAACAGGCCCAAUCCUCACGAAUUGUGUGUGAUCCCUCAGAAAGUCUUUAAUCCAAUCGCAGAUGGUAGGGGAAAGGUCCAGGUCCAUCAGCUUUUUGAUAAGAAUGCUUGUGUAUUGAUGUCCAAUGCUCGCAGAUCUAUUUGGAAGGUUAUGGACUGUUAAAGAAAACAAGGCACACAUGUUCCCUGCAAGAUCUGUAUUUUUCCUUGUUUCCUUAAAUGAGGGUGGAGGUAUUUCUACUCAAUGCAAUCUUUGACAAUCUUCUGGCAGCAGAUCUUAAUAGAGAUGAGAAUGUACCAUUGCUUCCAGUUUGGAUGGAUGGCUUGAGCUGAAAACAGCAGUAUGCGCUUUUGGGGAAAUUGUGUAUUGGAAUUUUUUUGUCCUGCAGAUUAUAAUAAUCCGCUUUGCCUUAGCCACUGUGCAAAGCUGAAAGGUAAAAGGCUCACUUCUCAAUAGUGUGGUCCAAAUUGGUGGCUGUAGUACAACCCAAAUUGCAGCCCACAGCUGAUAUCUGAGGAGGUUGAGCUUAUGGCUUCCUCCAGUGGCCAGACCAUUGCUUAACGCUGCCUCGCAUGGUCGACCUACCUUUCCCUCCUGCUCUGGAAAUGCCCUGGAAAUCAGACCCUUCCAGAGGGGGAUUCCCUACAAGGGCCUCAAGCACACCACAGCUCCCCUGUGAAUGUGUUUCUCUGGCUCCAGCUGCUUCCCCAGCUCCUGCUAAUGAAAUGGCCGUUGUCACUCUCUUGCAGAAUGAGGGGCUGAGGGAGCAGUGGGCUAGCUUUGGAGCCAACCAUUUCUGAAAUGUGAUUCCUGCUCCUCCUGCUUGGCAGCUCAACUUGUUGGGUCGUGUGGGCGAAAAGAACGUCAAUGACGCACUUCAAUAUUUUUUUUAAGUUGUUAGUGUUGACAGAAACUUGAUCCUGAUUAAGGGGGCUAAGAAGGGAUCUAAUUCCAGCCAGGCUUUGGAGCUCUCUCAACUCCCCUUUGGGGCUGUCACUUUCUUCCCUCCAUCCAUUCCUCCUCUGGGGCAUUUUGAUCUAUUGUACCAACUUUUCCCUAAUCUUGGAGACCACCUUAGUCUUGUUGCAGGACCCUUUCUGCCCUGCCUCUCAGCUGGUCCAUGCUUGGAGACCUCUUGUCUACAUUUCAAUGUGGCAGCUUUCCAUGCCUUGGCAAGGGAAGGCCAAGGGUUAUAAAUUAGGGUGGCACCUGCUAAUGGUGCUGUAAUUUAUAUCUGGGCACCCUUCCCGCAUGUGAGUGUAGCCAGCUUUUCUAAAAGCACAUAAACCAGCAGUAAUCCUGCCCUAGGCCUCAGCUGACUGAAGAGGCCAUGCAUGCAAAGUCUUCCUUUGGAUAAACUUGAAGCCGUUUGGCUUAGCAAAAGCCAGUUGCUUUUGUGGAAGGUUGCUAAUAAGGUGGGGCAACAUGGCACGGAUGGAUGUACUGGAUAUGUUAAUGCAUGUUCUCAAACCUCGGAUGCUGCAUAAAAAUAUGCGCCAGGUUUAUGAUUCUAGGAAGCCCUGCCCCUUAACAUGGAAGUUGCCCUUGUAGUUGUAGAAAGGGUGCUCUGCACAAGCGCAACAUUAACCCAUUAAAUCAGCCUAUCUGCAGCAAGGCCAGAACUAUGGAGCAAUCUGAGUAACUUGAGUUUCAGGGCCCCUUUCUUGGCUUGCUUUGCACCAGGUGUGGUCUGAAAAACAUCUCAAGUUCCUAGGCUAGAAAAUCCUGUCCUUUUCUUGGCUCCUUGAUUCUGUCUCCGCUGACACCUAUAAUCCCCUUUGCUCCUUCUAACUCAGGCUGGGUCUCUUCCUGCAGGAUCAUUCUCUGGGUGAUCUUAUUAAUUGCAAUCAAUUAAGCUUUGGGAAGGCCCUCAAAAUGCUGCAAAGUUGGGUGUGAGGCCAGAAGCAACCAUGCUGGGGUCAAUUGUGAGGCCAGGCUGAUUCUUUUAAGUCUGUAGAAACAGGUUUUGCGGAAAGUGGCUUGCUGAAGGCACAGAUGGCUCCUUAAACCAGGGUUACAGGCGCCAAAAUAGAAUGUCAGUAGUUGCCAUUUUGGGGGCAGAUGGCUUGAAAGUCAUAUUUUUCAAUACAACACUUGGGUUCCUGAAGUUUGUUCUGAUUGUGCAGAUAAAAUAUCAUGGAUAGAAUUCUACAGGAUCCCCAAGCAUUCACCACCAGAUGGUAGAGAUGUCAGGUGCCAUCUUGGCACCUGGGCAUCUUCACUUGGUCUUAAGUGGCCAAUAGCGUGGUGCCAAAAUGUGCCUGGUGAAUUUUAAAUGCUGGCUGAAGGUCAGGGUGAGCACCUGUGUUUCUUCUCUAAAGUGAUGAAUUCCUUGUUGCGCAAUGUUGAAGUACUUUGAGGCUUAACCUUCUUUCUUGGUCUUCUAUCUUGCAUUGCUUUGGGUUGUAGUGUCCUCUAGCUGAUAGUCAUUGUACCUAGACCUGGGAUGGUUGCAAGGUUGCAGUCCCAGUUCAACCUUGGGUCAUUGGUUAGAUUUAAACAUGGGUGGCUUGUGACUGUAGCUUUCAAUCUAUAAAAGCAGAAAUAGACUGACCAUCCAUAGCUUUGAGAGGCUGAAAAAGAUAGCAUUUGUAAGUUACUUGCCAUGCUAAUAGUGCUGUAUAUUUCUUGAUUCUCAGGGGUUUGCUCCAAGAUUGCUGGAAAAAGGCUUUGCUCCAGCAAAAUGUCUGAGGAACGGUAUUCCUUUGAUGUCCCCAAUGAAUACAUUGACUUUAAGAACAUUAAAGAUGGUGAAACAACUGGCAUUGAUGCCUGGUUUGGUGAGUAUCUGCAUAUUCUGCCAAGUUGGGAUGAAAAACUGGUCCUGGUGAGCAGGGGGUUGUCACUUUUUUGGCUAGGGGAUUUCACAGGCUUGAGGAGGUGUUUGUUAGCAUAAACUGUGGUGUACAGCCAGUAUAGGAUGCUGUAAGACUCCAACCCCCAUCAUCCACAGACUGCAUGGCCCAGAGGUCAAGGAUGGCGGGAUCUGUAGUCCAACAACAUCUGGAGGGCUGCAGACAUCUUAUACUCAUUGUACAGGGAGUGAUGAAACAGCACUAGAAAACCAACCCUCUACUCUCUCUGCCACCGUUGUAUCAAAAGGAGCAUGGAAGAGGGCUGCCUAUAUUGUCAACAACUUUCUUCCACGUGCAGGUGUUGGGCAAAGCAACCCACAACUGCUGAGGAGACCCUUGUUGGACUUGGCAAUGGUUAAAGAUGCAUAGGGUUGUCUGAAAGAGAAGGGGGGCCAGCUAGGGGCUAUAUGAGCUGAGAGAAGCAACAUAAGAGAGAGGAAAGGCCAACAUAUAAUAUGCUGUAGGCUACCCCAAGUUGGGAUGGCUUAAUAUUCCAAGAGCCCUUAAAUGCACCACACUUGUCCUUCUGCUUGGUUGGAAGCAGAUCAGAAUAAAACGAAUUGCCUGGCCCUCCUGAAUUCUUUUAAGGUGAUGAAAUACAAAGCUUUGGAGAACAGAGAUUAUUGCCAGUGCUGUCAGCCAAACAGAGUUACCAGUAUUGGCACACUGAUUUCUGGACAGAUAGACAUAAUCAGGGACUUGCUUGAGUUCAUCUUGGAAACCUUUCCACACUGUCAUGCCCUCAUGUUUUUGAUGGAAGUGCUAGGAUGCAGACCAGUAUUAAGGAUGAUGGAGUUUUCAUGUGAAUAAAGAGAAGACUAGAAAUGUGUCUCUAAGAGAUUCUCAGGACCGCAUGUGAUCUGGGAGAUCAUCAUCUGAUCUUUAUUAAUCUGUAUGUGAGCAAGAGCAAGAGCUUUUUCCAAAAAACAGGAAUCUACAAAUGCUUUCAGAGCGGUGCCAAGGUGGGUGGGUGUUCAACUGUUUUUCCCCAGCCUAAGUUUGUCCUGCCUCAGAAGCUAUAAUUAGCCCUGCAGGGACCCUUUGGAGAGUAAACGACUUCUCUUCACUUGUUUUAUGUUUACAAAAACAUGUAGAGAGAUCCAGUUGUGAUCUUCUGUCUCGAAUGUGGCUUUUGUGAUUCCACACAUCUUCCUCUCUGUAGUGGAAGGAUGUGACGUACCAAAAACCUCUUGAGAGAUCUGCAGUUGCUUCCUUGAACACUCACUUCCCAAAUGCUGUGAACCUGCAAUAUGUUCUAACAAUGCACACGGGAUCUGCAGCGUCCAAGUUUUUUGUUGUGCUGCGAUAUGUUUUCAGCCAACUUUAGGAAAGGGGGCGGGAAGCAGUAGCCUCAAGCUUCUACCACACUACAUCUGAUGAUUUUGAGCUUUGAGAAUUUUGAGUCAAGGUGGGAGAAGAUUAAUCUAUCCUCUUGUCAAAAGCUGGACUAGCAUACUCGACUGCUCUUGAGUCUAGCUGGCACUUUUUCUCUCUCAAAUGUGGGAAAGGAGCAGGGGACCUGAGGUCUUCUCUGUGUUUGCCUGGCCCUCGGACUGGGAGAGGAAGGGCCAUAAGGGCCACAGCUGGCAGUGGAGAUGGCAGUUAGCCUACCAAGCAGCACUGGGAGGAACAUUGAAUUUAACCAGGUGAUUGUUGGUUCUUCCAGAUCUCAGAGCUGGUCUUCUGAGCACUCCAAGUUCAGAUAUGCCAGCCAGUCAUCUGAGAACUCCAAGUUCAGACAUGCCAGCCGGCAUCCUGCAGAAAUCCUCAGCAUCAAGGGCUAACAUUCCACGUGCCAUUGUCUCUCCAAUGGUGAAAUCCAGUAAGUUGUUCAGCUCAGGACAGCAAGUUCUUGUAAACUUACAAUGGUAAUAGAAGGGUAUAUGGACCUAGUCCAGUGAUGGCCUGUGAACUUGCUCAUGUGAGGCUUGGCUUUCUCUGGCAGUGUCAAGACCUGAAUGCUUGACACACAAAUGUUCAUCUGAUUAUUCCUGCCUAAGGGUUGAACCUUACACUUGUCCCUAUUGAAAUUCCUUUUGUUGGUUUUGGCCCUGUUCUCCAAUCUGUUAAGGCUGCCUUGAAUCUGGACUCUUAUUUUCUGCAGCAUUAGCUACCCUUCCCAGUUUGGUGUCAUCUGCAGAUUUGAUGAGCGUCCCCUCAAUUCCUCCAUCCAAGUCCUUUAUAAAGAUGUUGAACAGUGCCAGGCUCAGGACAGAAUCCUGUGAGUGCAGUACCCAAUGUGUCACUUUUUUCCAGGAUGUUGAGGAACCAUUAGUGAGUACUCUUUGGGUUCUGUCAGUCAACCAGCAGAAUUCAUUGCAGUCCACUCGGCUUUUCACCAUUCCGAAUAAUUUGAUACUAGCUACAAACAAGGCUACCGCCUUAACUUGCCACUGACUCGGGAUAACUUCUAAGUAAAUUAAAAAGCACAAGUCCUAAUUCAGGUCUCAGUGGGGCUAAGCUAAGGUUUACGUAUCCCUCUGAGGGUGCUUUAUUGGCCAUGCUGGAUGCAUCAAGCUGUGGAGCUGUGGAAGGAUAACGCAGGGUCCCAAAUAUAGAGUGGAAAGAUGAACUACAACCUCAAAUACACAAGCAAGCUGUUUACUGCUGAAGCUAGCAAAAGAUCUAUUUCCUGCUCAUUUGUUUUUCUUCUGUGCUGAUAGUUCAAAGCUGUGAAGUUUUUAAAGCUCCUUCCUUCACAACCUCACUUGCCGAUGACAGGCUCAAGCCUCUGUGCAUCUGUUGGUAGUAUCCUAUCCUGUAGCAGGCUUUUCCUGGGGGGUGUCGGAGGGAGCACUGUAAGGUUUUUAUGGAUAGCUAUUGGGGUCUUUUUGUGAAUGUUGUAUAAGCUAUUAGCUGGCUUUGAGCCCUUGGAGAGGAAGAAGGGGCAUAUAAAUUUUGAGGAAUAUAUAUAGCUCGUGUUUCUUAUUUGCCUUAGCUGAGAAUCACAAUGAAAAUGAGAUGGGACUGGCUAACGGGGUGCCACCAAAUGUAGUUGGAUCCAUGGCACAGUGGCGCAGUACAUCAAAUGAGACGGUAGCUGCCCCUGCAAGGGCCCCAGGAAGGUAAGCAUUCUAAUCUCCAAGUGGGUCACCUUUCCCCUGGGACUUGGUGUUGACACAGCUUGUAAGCUUUGACGUAGACCAUGGUUGCCUAACAUCUUGAUCCUCCCACAAGUGCUUCUCUCUGUUUUCUCAAGAAAUGGCCUGCUGAGCUUUCCCAGCUGGCCUAGGACUCUCCUUCUCCUUUCGUUGCUCUUAAGCUAACUUCCGGGUCUGCAGUUCUGGGAAGCUGCAAAGUGAUCUGAAUGUGGGAAUAAAGCUGAUGCACAACCCUUCCUGCCACAGUGCCCCUUCAGUGGGCUUCUUCUCAGAGAGGCCAGUAUAAUUAAUUCAUAAAAUAAUAAGUUUCUAGUCCUCAUGGCUGCCAAGAAUCUCCAACAUGGCUAUUACCGUAUUUUUCGAUCUAUAAGACGCACCAGACCAUAAGACGCACCUAGUUUUUGGAAGAGGAAAACAAGGAGAGAAAAAAUCUGAAUCCCAUAAGCCAGGACAGCAAGCGGGAUCGCUGCGCUGCAAUCCCGCUGGCUGUCCUGGCUUAUGGGAUAGCCGCCCAGCCUCUCCUGGGCAGGGGAUGAAGGCUCCCCUUGCCCAGGAGAGGCUGCGUGUGGCUAAGCCAGAAGCCAGGACAGCCAGCAGGAUUGCAGGGCAGCCCUUCUCCCUCCUCAGGAAAAGCCCCCAAGAGCUGCACGCACACUCCAUGCGGCUCCUUAAAGGGAGCGCUGAGCAGAGCCUCCCGCCUGCAUUCACUCCAUAAGAUGCACACACAUUUCCCCUUACUUUUUAGGAGGGGGGAAGUACGUCUUACAGAGCGAAAAAUAUGGUAUGUUGUGAUCCAAUUCUGAAAUCAGGUUGUCCUUGAGAACAUGACAAAUAGUCUCAACAUAAAUGAGCAAAUGUGUUUUUGUGGGUGUGCAUCUUUCCAGGAUCUAGUACUAAAAGCUUGAGGAGGGACGCCAGCCAGAUUUUCUCCCAAUAACUGUCAAAAGUCAUCAUGGGAGGGGGGAUCUGGAUCAGUGGUUGAGGAGGGAAGACAGAUUAGAUGCCUUCUUGUGGAAAGAUGCUUCAAUUUCUCAGCAGAUGCUCUACAUAAAUGAGUCUCUUAUCAGCCACUAUGUUCAAAACGCUGCAUAAAACAAUACUUGCCCAAAGCCAAAUGGAUAAAAUAUUGCAUGUUGCAAACAUGGGGAAAUUGGAGUACCUGGAGCUAUUUCCUGGAUAACUGCUUCUGGUGCCUCCAGCUGCAGCCUCCGUACCCCAAGCAGACUAUGUGCUAGGUGCAAGAGCACAUGAUGCUCAUCCCAUGUAAAAUAUGCAAGAGUCCUAUUUUGAAUGCCCUACUAAUCCCCUCUUUUUCCCUCUUGUUUUGGAAUGGCUCCAUAUUAUUGCAGUAGCUGAAACUUGUAAACUUUGAGGCUGUGUCUCUUCAUCUCAUUCCACCCCGUUCCUUUACAGUCGUCUGGCUUUUCCCUUUUCCUCCCCUGCAGGGUGUCAAAACAGCUCUUGGAACGGCAGAAGAGCGCUCAGCGAAAGUGCGCUGCCAAAAUGCAUGCCAAGAGAUGUGCCGCCUUGGCCACCAAUGAACAGCUGCCACCACCUGUAAAGAAACAGUAAGUGUAGGUCUGGUGGGUUGAGCAAGGGGAGAGGCACAAAGGAGUGGCUUGCUGUGGUGUUUGAAUUGGCUGGUGGUCACGGUGCCAUCUUAUUUCAAGCCCUCUUCAAGUGCCAAGAAAGUUUUAUCCAACAAAGUUGUCCGCAAUAAUUUCCUCCAGUACGAUGGGACAACCUCUCCCUGUGCCCGCCCCCCCAUCUGUUCCAUGGGUUCACCCAACUUUCUGGAACAGAUUUGGCAGGCACAAGGAGAGGAAGUCCUGUUGCACAGGUGGAAACUGGUGUGGUAACCAGAUGACUUCAUUGGAUACAACCCCAAACUUGGGGUGUUUAAGAGAUGUCUGAACUGAGCCCAAAUCCACCAGGAACUUGCCCUGCACAGGCCUCAUUGAUGCAAGGAAAGCUGUACAAAAAUGUUGGCUUCAUGUUUGGACUUUAUUUCUUUAUUAAAUGUGUAUACCAUCCUUCAUCUAUAGAUAUCUGGGUGGUUCACAUCAUAAAAAUACACAUUUAAAAGGUAUAAGAUGUUAAUCAGUUCAAAGCCUGGUUGAAGGGGAACAUUAUUUUUGCCUGGCAUCUAAAGGUGUAUAAUGAAGGUGCCAGUCGAAGCUCCCUUGGGAUAGCAUUCCACAGUGCUCUGAUCUGUGUUGUGAUUUUGCCCAAGCAUCGGGUGUUGUGAUGGGCACAGAAUGUGAUUCCCUUGGAAUCUUGCCUAUUCCUGUUAAUUUAAAAGCCAGUGUGGGAGAAUCGGUGGCCCUCUAGGUAUUGCUGGGCUGUGGCUCCCUUCACUCCUGACCAUCGGCCAGACCAGCUGCAGCUGAUGGGAAUUGGAAUCCCAACAACCUCUGGAGGGUCACAGAUUCCCCACCUCUGAUUUAAAGGAACUUUCAAAGCUGUGCAGGGGUCAGAAGCAGUAGGACUGAGGCUGAGGACCUUCAGGCAGCUGCAGCCUUGUUCACUGCUCCCUUUUCUGAAAGGCAUCCGUGUCUUUUUAUUUUCCAGGAAACGGAUUUCAUCCAAGGGCAAGUCCACUGAGGACCUGGAGGUAGAGAAAAUGCAGCAGCUGCAGCAAGAGGUAGCUGAGCUGCGCAGGAAGAACGAGGACUCCCUCAAAGUGGCCAUUGCCGGACCGGGUAAGCUUGAAAGUAACUUACAAAGAUUCCUCCCCUCCCACCCCAGCCAACCUAUUGCACUAAUAAAGUGUGUGCAUUUCUUUAGUGUUUGGAUUUGUAUGGCAGCUCACCAAAGAAUUAUUUUAAAAUUAAUGAUUUACGGUUACUUACUUCCAGCCUUUCCCUUCAAUGUAUGUAUUUUCAGGACAGCUUACCAAUAAGUGGUACAGUCAUACCUCGGGUUGGGAACGUGAUCCCUGCAGGAGGCACAUUUGCAACCCGCAGCGUUCGCAGCCUGAAGCGCCGCAUCUGUGCACACGUGUGACUCGCUUCUGCACAUGCGUGUGACGUCAUUUUGCGCUUCUGUGCAUACGUGAGUUCCGAAAUCUGGAAGUAACCCCCUUCCGGUCCUUCCGGAUUCGGCGCAGUCCACAACCCGCAGCGUUCGUAAUCCGAGGUAUGACUGUACCUCAGUUUAUGAACUUAAUCCGUUCCUGAAGUCUGUUCUUAAACCAAAUCCAUUCUUAAACCGAGGUGCGCUUUCCCUAAUGAGGCCUCCCGCCGCCGGUGCCCUUCCACCGUUCAGCUUCCAUUUGUAGACCGAGGCAAAGUUCACAAACCGGAACACUACUUCCGGUUUUGCGGAGUUCAUAAACCGAAUAGUUCAUAAACAGGACUGUUUGUAAACCGAGGUACCACUGUAAAAUAAAAUAAAAUCUGGAACCAGCAGCACCGGGUAUAGGGGGUGGAGGGCAUUUCAGCUUCACCAAUAUUUUUUGGCCCUCCGCGCAGACACCAGGCAGUAUCACAUGAAGUGUCACAUGACAGCAGCCCCCUCAAUGUGGGGGGCAAGUCGGCGCCCCUGUCUGGAACUGUUAUACUGGGUAAAAUAAGAAGUUUCCAGCAGUGUAAAAACACUAGAGGAGUUAAAAGUUAAAAACAGCACAACAUCAUAGCCUUAGGAGAUAGAAAGGCUGUUGGUGUCAUAAAAAGGGAGUGGCAAACCUCAGGCCAGGGGCUGAAGGUGGUCCUUAGAAUUGCCAGAUCCCUCACUGGUCCCAUUUCACACCCAGGGUUUUGUUUUGAUUUUUGCCUCGCUGGAAUGUGUCCUUUAACUCUGCUCAUGACUCCUGUUUGUGUGAAAGGAGGAUACAAAGCGUGUGUUGUAGAAACUAGCCGCCUGUGAAAUUUACGUUUGUUGCUGUGCCCACUUCUCCUCUUACUGUGGUCUCUGAAAGGGUAUUUGGCCCUUCUCAUGAAAAGGGUGUCUCUCGCCUGCCACAGAAGGCUUUCCCCUGGGGAAAGGACCCCACAACUGGGAUGCCAGAACUGAGGUCAUCUCCAAUUUCACCCACUUCAUCUCAGAUGGCAGUCAGGAAGGAAGGUUUCUAAAAAGGAUUUUGCCUGGUGUACAAGCAGGCUGGCGUGGGACUUGCUCUUUCCCCCUCUCCCCACUGGACCCUUCUGCUGGCACAUUGGCCCUGGGCAAAACAACCUUGUGUGUGGCUAUCCUUAAUGUGAUUGUGCCAUAUGAUCGUAGUUUGUCUGCAGCUGAAUGUUCUGAAAUACAUUAUUCCUAGGAGCUUUCUUACGACUAUAGUCAUGCACUUCCUAAUGCAGGUGUUAGUCCCAACCUUGAAAGGCCUUGCUGGGCACAGGUAAUCUCUGUCUGCCAGGCAGGUAUCUGGCACCGUGGGCCACUGGCAGCACUUCUUAAGCUGUAAUUUGGAGGGGCUACCAAAAGUUGUGUAUUGAGUGCUUCUUUGUCAUCUGUCCUGAACCUGCUUCCAACUGGAUUCAUUGGACACUUCCAAAUUCUAGUGUUAUGGGAAACCUCUCUGCGAACUGAGUGAAAAGGGAGUCACUUUACAGACCUCUCAAGUUGCUCUACUCCCCCCACCCUUGGGUGGCUUUUCUCGUCGUCGUCAUGGCUUAUUUAUAGAUGCACCUAAGCCACGCUAGCCACUGUAAAUGCAUAAAAUGCAUGGUCCACUCCUGCCUUUCAGUCUAACAAUCUAGAUAUAAACACAAAGCAGAAAGGGAAUUAAUUCUCAAUGUUUCUUGGGACUAGCCACCUUGGAAGGACUAUCUUCUACCUCCACUGCCAGAGGCAGCAUCCCUCUGAAUACCAGCUGCUGGGAAUCACAAGUGAGAAGACUUGUUUCACUCAGGGCCUGCUUUUGAGCUUCCCGUUGGAGCACCUGGCUAUACUCACUUUGAGAGCAGGAAGCUGGGCUAGGUGGACCUGUGCUCUGAUCCAACAGGGCUCUUCUUAUGGAAUGUGAUUAAGAGCUUGCACUGCAUUGUGAUGGCCAUUGGCUAUAAACAAUGAAACCCACUGACUGAUUAAGCUUCUUAAUCACUUUAGUUAGCCUUUGUGCCAUAAAGUCUGCAGAGGUCUUGGCGACUCCCUAAGUGAAAACAGUAGACAAACUGCUUGGCUGUGACUCUCUACAAGCUGGGCUUUCACAAAUUCUUUCCAUGUCCCACUGAGCUCUCACUGGUUCAUGUGAAUCUGCAUGGGUGGUACCUAGAACAGAUUAUAUGUAUGCGAGUGUGGCAAUUUAUCUUGAUGUGGAUGGAAAAUGAAUGCACCAACUUAAUUGGCAUACUCCUGCCUAGUGGAGCAAGUGGGAGGCACAACCCAUUUGAGGAUUUCCUCCAUCCCCUUCAGAAAAUGAACCUUCAUAGUAUGCCCAAUAUUUCAUUUGUCUUGAUUGGAUGGAAUGUGAGUACAUCAUAUUGAGUUGUUCAAGCUGCCAUGUCCUGGACAUUGGAAUGCUUCUUACUGAAUCUCAUCUCCCACUUUCUCCCCACCAGGGCAAACUGUCAAGAAGAUAGUGACCCAUAUCACCAAGCCAGUAGAUUUCCACUUCCGCACAGAUGAAAGGAUUAAACAGCAUGGCGAAAAUCAGCCCGCCACAGAGUAUAAGGAGGUGGAUUUCAAAGCUGCUCUGAGGAGGCACCCACCAUCUCCGGUGAGAGCAACGAGAAUCAAGAAAUGAGGCUUCUGGCUAGAGAGCCUUCAACUGCCUGUUGUUGCAUCUCUUGGGGUGUAAAGAUUUGCAGAUGAAAAGAUUUGCAAGAAAUAAAUUCUAUAUAGGACAAGAAGAAGUAGGUGCCAAUUAAAAAAGAAUAGAGGCAGAUUAUUUUGGAGUCUUUUGCUGGGGCCUCGUGUUACCUUGACACAGACUGCUAACCACCACCACCAUCAUCAUAAAUUUAUUAUUUAUACCCCACCCAUCUGGCUGAGUUUCCCCAGCCACUCUGGGCGGCUCCCAGCCGAGUGUUAAAAACAAUACAGCAUACAACAUUUUCUCAUGUAUGUAGCCUACUUAGUGGGGUUAAUCUCUGCUUAGAUGAGACCCUUUCUAACCAUUCUAUAGUGCCCUUUCCUUAUGCUAUGUUAAAGAGGCUUCAACUUUAGCCUCUUUCAGAACAAUACAUCUGUAAACGUGUGCUUCUGCAUUGCUUCUUUUAAAAAGGAAUGGGCCUUCAAAAUGUAUAUAUGCAGAUUUCACCUACUGCUGAAGUGAAUAAUUAUUCAUUUAUUCCGUUCACAGGUAAGCUCCCAAAUGUGCUUUUGAGGAGGUGUGGAGACCAUGCACUGCACUAAGAGCUUUAGAAUGAGAUAGACUUCCAGGCCAAGUAAAUUUUGUCCGCAGCUGGUGGGCUAGGUACAUCCUAGGUACAUCCUGCCUUGAGAACAUUCUGCUAACAAACCAGCCCUGUCUCCUUACAGGUCCAAGCGUCAAAGGGUAUGACAGUCCCGAAACCCUUCAACCUGUCCCAAAGCAACAAAAGGAAGUUUGAUGAAGUUUCCACAGAAUUUGUAUCAAUGGCCCAGCAGGUUAGAAACUUUCAGCAACGCACCCCACCACGUUACCACCUGAGGAGCAGGAAGACCGAGGAAGGUAAGGCUGCAAGUGGCUUGACUGGGAACCCCUUUGUGACAGUGGGAAGAACUCUGUGAGCACAGUCCCUCUGAACUUGGUGACAUUAAUCAGGUGCAAUUAUUCAUGUCUUGGAGACUGCUAAACAGCUGUGCCUCUUCUUUCCUGCUAAGAGGAGUAAGGAACCACAGUAAAGAUAGGUUGGCUAUUUUUCAAGUUUGCAGUUCUAGGGGGACUAGACAGUCAGAGAUAGGAGAUUGAAGUUGGAAUUGAGACUUGUGCUUACUUUUCCUAAGAAAAUUCAGUUACUUCCACUAGUGUGCGUUCUGUUAAUAUCAGAAUUUAGGUUUGUGUCUUCCUCUUUUUAUUUGAAGAGGUUGGGCAAGGACACAAGGCUUAAACUUGGAAAAAUGUAAAAUGGGAACUGUGGAUGGCACAAGGAAGGGUUGAAUAUAUCAGGACUAACAUCAGCCUCACUUUCCAUACUUUCUUAUUUUUUUCUAAGGCAAUAAGAUUUCAUAUUUGCAAAUAUGAGAGUUGGCUAAAUGCACCUCUUGCUUUUUUGAAGAUAACUUUGUAAGCUGUGCUUUUGUUUAUGGUCAUUUCCCUCCGUUCUUGCAGGCAUAAGCCAAACAAAGCCACUUAAGGCCAAGGUAACCAACCCCAAAACUCCCCGCCUUGAAACCAAGACCCGCCAGAGACCUGUCAAAUGCAAGAGCACUGCUGAGUUAGAGGCUGAGGAGACUGAGAAGCUUCAACAGUAAGUGCAACUCUUUGCCCAAAUGACGCCUGUCUGAACCGAAUAGAGUUCAGGACUCCUGGUGGUGUCCUUGGUGUAGAAUCCAGGCAGUGAAACAGAAUUGUGUGAGUGCUUCUCUCUGCAUGGAUUUCAUGUUCAUGUUGGUAUCUGAAGAAGUGUGCAUGCACACGAAAGCUUAUACCAAAAACAAACUUAGUUGGUCUCUAAGGUGCUACUGGACAAUUUUUUAAUUUUUUUUAUAUGUCCAGGCUUGUGUCCUGCAGUCCAGUGGGGGUAAGGAAAAGUAGUCAGAACCCCUUGAGGGUAUGAAUAUACUUGGGGAGACAUGUUGGGUGAGACUGCAGCAAGACCCACCCCAAGGGCUUCCUUGAUUAGAGGCUGGUUUGUGCACUUGCCUGUAUCUAUUCCAUGGCAAAUCUUCCAACUGAGAUUGUGUCAUCUACAAAACUGGGAAGGAAUGCCUCUGGAAGAAGAGGGUCCAUACCUUAGUGCUUGAGAACUUGCUUGGCCUGUAGGUGCCAGGUUUAAUUUAUAGCCUCUCCAGCUAAGGAAGUCCAGUAGUAGAGCUUUGAGAGACUCUGGAGAGCUGCUGCAAGUAAGCAUCACCCAUGACUCAUAGAAUCAUAGAAUUGUGGAGUUGUAGGGACCCCAAGGGUCAUCUAGUCAAACCCUCUGCAAUGCAGGAAUCUCAACUAAAGCAUCCCUGACAGAUGGCCAUCCAACUUUAAAAUCUCCAACAAAGGAGAGCACCACUUCCCAAGGGAGACCAUUGCACUGUUUAACAGCUUUACUCCGAGACAGUUCUUGUGAUGUUUAGUUGGAAUCUCCCUUCUUUUAAUUGGAAUCCAUUGGUACAAGUCCUACCCUCCAGAGCAGAAGAAAACAAGCUUGCUCCAUCUCCCCUGUGAUAGCCGUUUAGAUAUUUGAAAAUGGCUAUCAUAUCUCCUCUCAGUCUCCUCUUUCCCAGGCUAAACAUACCCAGCACCCUUGAUAAUCUUGGUCGUUGUCCUCUACACCCAUUCCAACUUAUCAAUAUCUUAAAUUCUGGUGCCCAGUUGGAAUGGGUGUAGAGGACAACGACCAAGAUUAUCAAGGGUAUGUUUAGCCUGGGAAAGAGGAGAUUGAGAGGAGAUAUGAUAGCCAUUUUCAAAUAUUCCAGGUGUGUCUGACCAAGACUGAAUAGAGCAGUACUAUUACUUCCCUUGACCUGGACUCUUUACUUCUGCUGAUGCAGCCUAGAAUAGCAUUAGGUUUUUUGUUUUUUCUGCUGCAUCACACUGUUGGCUCAUGUUAAGCUUGUGGUCUGCUAAGACCCCUCAAUCAUUCUCAUAUGUACUACUGACAAGCCAGGUGUCCCCCAUCUUAUAUUGGACUCAAUGGGCCGGUGGUUUGACUUAGGAUAGAGCAGCUUUGUACACCCACAUGAGUGGGUAUGUUAAAGCUGGUCAGCCUCCCUUCUGAGUGGGAGAAGGCAUUAGCACUACCCUGUCUGCUCAUCUGCCUAUCAGACAGGAGGAGCCUUGUGGGUUAGUUCAAUACUUCUGCAGUCAGAAGUGUCAAAAUGCAGACACACAGCUUUGAAGUGUCACAGGAAUGGGAUAACUUCAGGCAACUUCAGUUGUCUCUACUCAGCCCAUGGCAUGGAGUAAUUUCAACUCCACAUUGGAGUCCCACCAUUUGCUUCAUUGUCUGGCAGGUACAGGUUCAAAGCUCAAGAGCUCAACCCCCGGAUCCUGGAGGGAACACCAGUCUUGCCCAAGAAGCCUCCAGUGAAGGAGCCCACCAAGCCAGUUGGCUUUGAUUUGGAAAUAGAGAAGCGCAUUCAAGAACGGGAGAGCAAGAAGAAGCACCAGGAGGAGGAACACUUCCAGUUCCAUUCGAGGCCAUGUCCGACUAAAAUCCUGGAGGAUGUGGUGGUAAUCUUUGCAGCUUGUGUUUUUCAACCUCAGAGAAAAAUGGGCUGAAGUUGGUACUAAGAUGGUCUGAAUCUAUGAUUGAUUCUCUGCAUUCUGCCUGGCUUCCAGUUUGCCUUUUGGAUGCCAAGAGCUUCAGUACUUUGUCUGACUUCAGAGUCUUCCUGUUCUAGUCUAGUGCUUGCUGCUCAUACAUUUUCACCAAUGGACCUUCGGCCUCUUUGCUUGGCUGCUGUGCUCACUGCCUACUUUUACCCCACGUCCAUCAGAAACAUUCUCACCUUCAUCCCUAACCAGAUGCUUACCAGCUCCUGUCAUAGAGGAGAUGCACCUUUUUGGGACCCAAUGGCUGCAUCCACAGUUGGCUCCCCAACUUAGGGUUGCCUGCCAGGGGGGGCCUGCAAAGUUGGUGCACAAAUGGGCGCACACAAUCAGGAGCAGGCAGAUAUCCAGUCUCCCCAAUCCAUGCAGCAUGGAGGGUGUGUGUGAAGGUUUAUUGCCUCUUGCUGGAAGCUGUCCAUCCAGCUCUGCAAUGGGAAGGAAAGUACUUUUGCUCACCUCUUGGAAAGGUUGAGCAGUUCAGAGCACUCUAGAUACAGGAAGGAGCACUCCUUGUUUCCCUAGCGCUCUGACCUGCUAGCAGUGGCAGCAUGCAAGAGGGAGAAGAGGUUUUUUUCCACGGCGAGCAGAAUAAAACUAGUCCAAGGGACAGGGAGGCCACUGAAAAUGAUUCUAACAUUAACAGAACUCUCUCUUGGUUAAGACUUGAGUGAGCAAAGAUGAGGGUUUUGUGCAGGGCACACAGAGCCCUAUGUUUUUAAGGGCAGAACUGAUAAUCAGAUGGCACUGCUGUGUUUCCACCAUUUGUCCCAGUGCAAAAUGUAGAAGGGGAAUUUGUUUUAACGCUACUCCAUGUUUCCUGACUCACCGGUAGUGCAACUUGCUGCUUUGUUCCUGCAGGGUGUUCCUGAGAAAAAACUGCUUCCUCCCACAGUUCCACAGUCCCCAGCAUUUGCUCUGAAGAACAGAGUUGGCAUCCUGGCUAAAGAGGAGAAAGUGAAGGUGAUUCUUUUUCUGUAGUGCGUGGCAGUUGGGGACCCUUGUGUUGCUUCACUGCUGUAGCCAGCCAGGGCCUGACAUGGGGGUUAGGGUUCAAAUGAGCUGCUCAGCCCUUCUCAGUGAGUGUUUUGCCUGCAACCAGGCAGUUCUGGGCCAUCAGCUGACACAGCUGGAUGGUAAAUAUCCUAGCGGCUGGAUGAUUUUUUAAGAGUCCCUUUUUGAACUGGUUCCUGGAUUUGCCACAGCGAGCCUUCCCCAAAGAACAGCCAUUCUGCCCUCUCCAAAUCUCCUUAAGAUUCAACUCUUCACACAAGGUCAGGUGGGGGAGUGGAGGCUGCCUUUGUUCCCUUCCCUACUCCAUUUCCCAUGCUGUUUUUCUCUACAGGAAGAGGAAGUUGUGCCUGUGAUCAAAGCCAAGCCAGUGCCGUACUUUGGGGUGCCCUUUAAGCCAAAAGCUGCAGAACCUAGGCAGGUGGAGAUGUGCCCUUUCUCCUUUGACUCUCGGGACAAAGAGAGGCUUCUUCAGAAAGAGAAGAAAAUUGAAGAAUUGCAAAAAGAAGAGGUGGGUGCUUUUCAUUUAGGGACACCCUCUUCCUGUUGGGGCAGAGGCCAUCCUCCUCCUGACACUACUGUCCAAAAGCAAAAGUGGAUCUUUGCACAAUUCGCAAUGUAAAUGGGCCACAAAAGACGGAAGCAGAUGUUGGCCAUUCCCCGGGCUACGUAGGAGUCUGCUGGUUAUAUCUCUAACUCACGGGUGGGCAACCUGGGGUCCUCUAGAUGUUGUUGGACUCCCACUCCCAUAUUUUAAUAUUUUGACAGAAUUGUUUUAUUGAGUAACUGGUUUUAUAUUUGUAAACUGCUUAGAGGCCACUUUGGCAAUUAAGUGUUAUAUAAAAUAAUAAGAAACAGUUCCCGCCAGCCCCUGCCAGCAUGGCCAAUGCUCAAGGAGUUGUAGUCCAUCAACAUCUGCAGAGCCAUAGGUUCCUCACCCUUGCUAUAAUUGAUCAGAUUUAAGACCAAGCUUCUAAAAGUGUCUUUGGCAGAGAAGGGAAGGCCAGAGGUUCCCAUCAAUUGUCCAGGCUUCAUUGUGGAGGCCCACUUGCCUAAAACAGCUGUAGGGAAGUAGAUGACUCUUGGAGAAAAGUGAAUAAUAAUAAUAAAAAAUAAUAAUUAAUAAAAUUUUAUUUUUAUCCCACCCUCCCCAGCCAAAUCCAGGCUCAGCGGCUAACAACAGUAAAAUAAUACAACAUUCUAAAAUCAAUUCAUUAUAAAAUCAGUUCAAAUCAAAUUGAUGCCAACCAUUAGGCUAGAGUUCUGUGAAGAAUUACCAAAGGUAAUCAGGCUGAUUAUCAGGCUGUAAUAAUAAUAACAUUUUAUGCCAAUCUGUAUUAUUAUUCUUUCGAUUUCUAGACCGCUUUAUAUUUGUUAGCCGGGCUGGCAAAGAAUCUCACCAGCUGGGAUUACCUAACCUACGAUUAAAAUCCUAGGCUCUGAAAUAUAAGCCAAUGCGCACAAAUCCAAAACACUACAGAAGGAAGUCAAAUAUAAAGUAUACAUUCAAAGCAACGUAAUUAACAGGAAACUAAAAUGUUAUCUUAAAAUCUUUCAAAACAUUACAGAUGUAAGCGUCACUGUUUAUUUACACCAUUACAUUGUACAAAGAAUCUCAGUCCUUAUUUGCUGCUAUUCCACGAGGAUUCCCUUGUGGGAUCUAUGGUCCAUGUGAGCAUAUAAUGUACUGACAAAGUAUAGGAAGCUCCCUCAUAUGGAGUCACAUGGCUGGGUCAUCUAUCUCAGUAUUGUCUGUGCUGACCACCAGCAGCUACCCAGGAUUUCAGGCAGAAGAUCAUAGAAUCAUAGAGUUGGAAGGGACCCUGAGGAUCAUCUAGCCCAACCCCCUGCAGUGACAGGUGGUCUUCCAACCUCUGCUUAAAAACCUCCAAGGAAGAAGAUUCCACAACCUCCCGAGGGAGACCCUUCUACUGUUGAACACCUCUUACUGUCAGAAAGUUCUUCCUGAUGUUUAGUCACAGCCCUAGCACAGCAACUUAAAAGGGCCUCUCCCCAGUCACCUUCUGCCUGACCUCAGGUACCAGGUGGGAACCAGAGGAGAAGGAGGGCCUAUUGAUCUCUAAAUAGCCUCCCCCAAUUUGGUGCCCUCCAGCUGUUUUGGACUGCAAUUCUUGUCAUUCCCAGCCACCAUGAGCGUGCUGGCUGGGGCAGAUGGGAAUUGUAACAGCUGGAAGGGCCUCCAUCUAAAAGGAGAGAGAAGUUGCACCUGAAAGAUUAGGUGAGGGAAGGUGGCCUCUAAGACUUCUCCUAGCUUUCCUCAAGAGCUUUUCACUUGAUGUGUUUACUAUGUUCCAAGUCUUCAUCUCACCAGCAAUGCUGAGCCUUGUUCUGUGUUUCGUUGGCAGGUGCCAAAGUUCAAAGCACUCCCCCUGCCCCACUUUGACCACAUCAGCCUUCCGGAAAAGAAGACCAAGAGCCCCACCAAGCUGGAGCCCUUCCAACUGGCUGUUGAUAUGAGAGGAGCUGUGAAGCAAGAGCAGUGGGAGCAGCAGGUGAGGGGGCUGAGCAGCUGGCUGAGCCGGGGGCCCUUCCUGGCCAUCUUUACCAUUUCCCUUCCAUCAUCGGAAGAGGAGAGAGUCUGAGGCUGCCAUCGGAAGCAGCAUCCAGCACAACCCUGCACUUGUGGGGGCUGAUUCCGGUGUUUGGACUGGGAGCGUCCUAGUGGCCUCUUCCUGCAGUGUUUUGUCUGGCCAAAGUGGCCUUGUGUGGAUAGGGUCAUGAGAAACAGAUGGGGGAAGCAUCCUACUAGAGAUGGUUUUCCUGUUAUGCAUCAAAAUUGCUCACCCACACAGGGAAGAAUGUAAGAUCUGUAUCUCUACUCUCCACCCCGCCUUCUCCUACAACAGGGAUAGUUAACCUGGAGCCCUCCAUAUGUUACUGAGCCUCAACUCGCACAAACUCUAGCCCGCUUGGCUACUGGUCAGGGCUAAUAAAGGUAGUUGUGGUCCAACAACAUCUGGAAGGCUCAAAUUAGCCACAUCUGGCCUAGAGAGAGAGAGAUGUAGCUAUAUGGAAUAAGCCCUCCUUGUUGAAUGAAUGCUUUUCAGCCCUGGAACUUGCUGCUUAAAGUACAUUGUUUUAAAGAAUACUUGGGUGUAUAGAGUCUGGUCCCUUCUCAUCAUCGCUGCUUUUAGUGAUUUUCAAGCCACGUGUUGUUGCAUGGCUCAAGGGCCACGUGUGUAUGACAAGGAGUGUGUAUUUGUACUUGUGUGCAAGUGCAUAGUGUCUGUAAACGUGGUCUUAGAUAACGUGUGGUAGAAAGGAAGAAACCGAAUCAAAUUCUUAAAAUCCUAGCCAACCCAGGCGUUACUAGACCACAGUACCUUAUUUUUGCUGACUUGUCAGUCUGCCUUGUGGACUUUGUUUGCCUUGGUGAGGAGUGUCUGGGGUUCUCUUAAAUCUCUUUCCCCCCAACUUCCCUCCCUUCCUGAACAGCUCAAGGAAGAGAUGAAACAACAGAGGGAAGCUGCCUCUUUCAAGGCUCAGCCAAGCACCGUGUUGCACCAGGAACCUUUUGUGCCCAAGAGGGAGAGCAAAGUCCUUUCAGGUGAGGCUCCUUUGGGCAGCCUUCAGGGCCCAGCCACUUAACCCCAAAGUGGUGCCUUGCGUGAUGUUAGCUUGCAUCUGUGCCUGGGGGGCAGGGAGAAGUCCCAUCUCAGUUGCCACAAGAACAGGUGAGGGCAGCAACUUUUGACAGCUGUGUGGAGACAUGGCUGUUGAUUGAGUGCUAAGUUAGAUCAGGCGUAAGCAGAAGGCAUGGAGUCAUAAUCCUGGCAACCGCUUCCAGCCUUCUCUACAUUCCUCAGUUCCUUGAGGACAAAGGGCUCGGCUUAUGGCUACUCCAAGGAAGAGGCAAGCUUGCUCUUGGGUGACAGAAUAUUGUCAGUGCCCUUUGUGGGAAUGUUGUAGGUACUAGGAGAGGAUAUAUUGAUUUAAUAGUAUCCUUCGUAACUCACGCUUGUGAGUCGGCAGCAGAGUGACAUUUCCCAGUAUACAGCAGGAAGCUAGUUGGUAGAUUGGUUUGAAUCUCUUUACUUAAGCAAUCCAAUCUGGCUUUGUUCAGAUUGGAGCAUAUUCCUGGUAGGACCCCUUUUAUCCCUCCUAAAAAGAUUAAAGACACAAGAAGCUUCUUUUAAAAGUAAUGAGAAAUUUACUCACAUUCAGUUCACGGUUGGAUCCCUGAAGGCAGCCUUUAGCUCGUACUGUAGUUACAGAUACAGUGUGGCUUACAUCCUUAUAAGGAUGCGCCCAUGUGCUGCUGGCAGAGAGCCAGCAGUGCAGUCCAAGAGAAGAAAAGGCAUCAAAAGAGGAAGGUGGCUGCGUGACCGGACCUUUUGUGGGGUCUGCAAGGGUCACGCCCACCUACCUGGUCACAGCAGGGGGAGGAUGCUCCAGACCAGGUGUAACAGGAAGUUCAACUGGCUGGAUCAACAUCCCCCUGUCUGUGUCCACUCUAGCCAAACAGGAAGUGUUGUACUUGACUGCUUAUGUUACAUCCCACACCCUGAAGCCUUGGUUGCAAUACUUCUGAAUUGCUGGAGAGGAGAGGCUCUUGUGCUUGAAUCCUGCAUGUGGGCUUUCCACAGGCCUCUGGUUGGCCCCUGUGGGAACAGGAUGCUGGGCUGGAUGGCCCACGGCCUGUCUGAGCAGGGAGCCAGGUGUCUACAUAAAGCCUUGUACCUUUAAUCCUAGCAAAUGAAGCUUCAAGAGAAAGCAUCCAACCAGUUCUGCAAAGUUCAGUUUUGCAGCUGAAAUUCUAGUUGGAUCCGGUAGGAUGAAGGACUAGCACUAGACGGACCUUUGGUCUGAUCCAGCAGGGCUGCUCUUCCAUUUUGAAAAACAAACAUGCAAUUGGGGUGCUUUGCGUGACAGGCACCACCUUCCCGCAUAAAGAGUUGUUCCCCCUUCUAUUCCGAAACUCAGAUGUCCUUUCUGGUUCCGUAGCUCCAAAAAGCUUUGAGCUGGCCACAGAGCGGCGCGCCCGAGAGCGGCAGGAAUUCGAGAGGCGGAUGGCAGAACUUGAAGCUGAGAAAGCGCGGCUGCAGGAGACAGCGAGACGUCAUGAGGAAGAGCAGAGGAAAGCUGAGUUGGCUGAGCUAAGAGAAGAGCUGGUAAAUGAACUUGUGGCUUGAGGGGCAUGAAUCUGGAUCAUAGAUGCCUAAGCGGCUGGGUCAGCAAUGGAUCCCAUCUUUUCUUAGCAGUGCAGGCAACUCAGUAAAUAAAAUAGCAUAAUAUAUAAUAUUUUUACUGGCAGAAGGUCUUAAAACCAACCAAGCCGGCUCCGUAGCUCAGUGGUAGAUCUCUUACCUUGUGUGGGGGAUUUUCUGGGAAAACAGGCCCAGCCAGAUGUCUGCUACACUUUGCAGCAAUUAAUUCUGAGCUGGAAAGAUGUAGGAGAGCUGCCUUUUUAUAAAGUGGCUUCAUCUGUUCCUUUGACUUUUAAGGUACCUGCAACUCUUCCUGCGUCUCGGCGGGUCAAGAUGUCUUGACUCUUGCUUCUACACAUACUGGGAGGCAGGAAGGUGCAAUCAAAGGCACACUGAAAUUGGCUUAACUUGAACUUACAGCUCAAUUUUCUCUUGUAUGCCUCCACCACCAUCCGCAGUCUCUCAGUGGUUGGCUGCAGUCCACCCCUGGCCCCCCUCGGGGGGGGUGAGCAAGGCUGUUCCUUGACAAUAUAAUAAAAAUAAAAAUAAAUUUAUUAUUUUUACCCCGCCCAUCUGGCUGAGUUUCCCCAGCCACUCUGGGCAGCUCCCAAUCAAGUGUUAAAAACAGUACAGCGUUAAAUAUUAAAAACUUCCCUGAACAGGGCUGCCUUCAGAUAUCUUUUAAAGAUAGGAUAGCUGCUUAUUUCCUUCGCAUCUGAAGGGAGGGUGUUCCACAGGGUGGGCGCCACUACCGAGAAGGCCCUCUGUCUGGUUCCCUGUAACCUCACUUCUCGCAAUGAGGGAACCGCCAGAAGGCCCUCGGCGCUGGAUCUCAGUGUCCGGGUGGAACGAUGGGGGUGGAGAUGCUCCUUCAGGUAUACAGGACCAAGGCCAUUUAGGGCUUUAAAGGUCAGCACCAACACUUUGAAUUGUGCUCGGAAACGUACUGGGAGCCAAUGCAGAUCUCUCAGAACCGGUGUUAUGUGGUCUCGGGGGCCACUCCCAGUCAUCAGUCUAGCUGCCGCAUUCUGGAUUAGUUGCAGUUUCUGGGUCACCUUCAAAGGUAGCCCCACGUAGAGCGGGUUGCAGUAGUCCAAGCGGGAGAUAACUAGAGCAUGCACCACUUGACAACAGCACUUUCUCCUUUGAUGACGGUGCUUAGAAUCUCCUUCUUUUCCUUCCCAGGUACACAAAGCCAACCCCAUCCACAGGUACCAGCCAGUGGAGAUCAAGGCCAGCGACCAGCCCCUGACUGUACCCCACUCUCCAAACUUUUCCAAAAGGUUUCAACGCUGAUGCGUAACCAAGAAAGAAAAGACAAGGGGUGCUUUUUUUCCCUUCUUAGUAUAGUGUUUUUUCCCCCUUUUGUAUUUUAUUGACUUGUUUAUCAAUAAACUAUUAUACUUAAGCAAUAUACAACGUUACUACUGGGAGUGCUUUUCCUGCUAAGCCUAGGGGGGGAAAAGUGUCAUUUUUCAAUUUCUCUCUGUAACUGAAACCCAACCCUCAAAACAUUUUGCACAUAUCCUCUAGGACUUGAGUUGCUGUGCAGAACUUCCUUGUUCUUGUGUGACCUUGUUUCCUGGACUGGACCCUCUGCCUUAAUCGGUGGCUCUGGCUGGGAACCGUGCUUUUGAUAAACCUGUACCACAGCAUGGGGAACUGAGUACAGUCAAGGGGAGGGGGGCAGGCUUUCUUUUUCUCUGAGCUGAGGUGGAGAUGGAUGCAUGCUCUUUCUCCUCCCCACCCCCAUUUUGUGCUAUUAUUUUCACAUCCCUAUACAGGAAGCAAGAAUCUGUAUUCAGCCAGAAGCACCACAUUUCUCUUUUAAUUACAUUUAACUUUCCAGUGAUUUUAGCUUUUAAACAAAGGUUGAUGUGUGUCAUGACCAUAGAACAAUGUUGCUUUGAUGUUGUAUAUGUAAUAAAUGUAAUAACUGUGCCAGGUUGUUUGAAAAUGGGUGGUUUUCUUGUCAUUUGGCUCCUUUGCACAGGGGUUGUUAGUUUGUCCAUGAAUUUUAAUUCCCAGAGUUCUGCGAUCCAGAUCUUAAGCAGGUCUGUGCUGAGAGACUUCCAGUGCAUUGCAAUGGUAAGCCGUGCUGCAGCCAUCAGGUGAGUAACGAGAUCCUUGUAGGAAAGCUGUUGAGCGGCUUCUGAGCAGUAUGAUAGAAGUGCUAUUUUAGGAUCCAAAUUGGAUGCACGCUGUUGACCACCUUCCCAGACGCUGGGCUUGCACCCUCCUUGCAGCUGCCGACAAGGCUGGUUAAUGUUGCCUCUGCUCUUUGUCUACUCAGCCAGAGCUCAGGUUUGGAUCGCUUGAGUUGGGUCGUGGGGAUGCCCCCACAUGAGGUUCUGUCAGGGCAGCCCCAGCCUGUCCCUACUUGCCUCCUUUGGGAUAAUGGUGUAACAAGAAUCAGUGCUAUCCCUCCCUGCUUUCACCUAUACAGUGGUACCUCAGGUUAAGUACUUAAUUCGUUCCAGUUGUCCGUUCUUAACCUGAAACUGCUCUUAACCUGAAGCACCACUUUAGCUAAUGGGGCCUCCCGCUGCCACCACGCCGCCGGAGCACGAUUUCUGUUCUCAUCCUGAAGCAAAGUUCUUAACCCGAGGUACUAUUUCUUUGUUAGCAUAGUCUGUAACCUGAAGCAUAUGUAACCCGAGGUACCACUGUAGUUUCAUGGAUAAAUUCCAACAACUUGGUUUCAGUCGUGAAGAUUUGCAACUUUACAUUCAGAAGGUCCCAAGUUCAAUGUCCAGCAGUGUCAGGUAAGGCUGGGAAAAUCUGCCUGAAAACCUGGAGAUCCGCUGCCAGUGUGUGUCGAACAAUGGGCUAGGUGGGCCCAAUAGCUCUGGCUUUGCAACACCCAUGAGGAUCCCAGGACUGGGCUAGUAGUGAAAAGCAGCCUUUUGCUUCUGGUUUGUUGCAGGUGGGAGUAACACUCUGAACUUCAGUUUCUUAAUAAUAAUAAUAAUAAAUAAUAUUUAUACCCCGCCCAUCUGGCUAGGUUUCCCCAGCCACACUGGGUGGCUUCCAACAAAACACUAAAAUACAAUAGUCUGUUAAACAUUAAAAGCUUCCCUAAACAGGGCUGCCUUCAGAUGUCUUCUAAAAGUCUGGUAGUUGUUCUUCUCUUUGACAUCUGGUGGGAGGGCGUUCCACAGGGCAGGUGCCACCACCGAGAAGGCCCUCUGCCUGGUUCCCCUGUAACCGCACUUCUCACAAUGAGGGAACCGCCAGAAAGCCCUCGGCACUGGAGCUCAAAUUUAAAGGUAGAUCUGUGCUGUCACUUACGAAUGCUUCUGGGACCGCUGGCCUGCCUAGCAGAAGCCCCCAUGAUCUGCUUACCAGCUGACUUUCAGUAAAGACCACAGGCAGAUUCAGGGCAAAUAGGUUUUCAUUUUGCCAUUGAGCUAAGGCUGUUUGGUGGGGAGCUGCCAGGGUGUGGUGGACAUCCAGCAUCUUUUCCCCAGAGCUGGAAUGCGCAAACAUGAAGCUAAGUUAGCCCUUGUAAUCCACUUGUGUAUCUCAAAGGCAGGAAUCUUUUUAACUACUACCAGCAGCCCCUUUUUUAAAAAAGGGAAUUUGCAACUGGGGUUCCCUGCAUGCAAAGCAUUUAGCUUAUUGCUCAAAUUUGGGCCCUUCCACACUACACCCAAGCAAGCAGUUGCCUGUUUUUUGUCCAUAGCCUAAAUACAGUUGCAUGGGUCAAUACUGUUCCGUGUGGGCAGGAGCUAUCGUUAAAAGAAAUAGAAUUAUGUAAUUUUCAUCACUGAUAUUAGUGUGGAAGAAAAACAACGUGGUUGGAAUAAAGUCUGUUCAAGACUCUUGUUUAUUAAGACAAGGCAAUUGCAAUGCAGAAGACUCCAUGAGCCAGACUUCUCAGCUGAUUGAUACCCUCUGUACGUAAUCAAAACACCCUAACAGUUUUUAAAGUUAUCACAAUGCGGUUAAUAAGAAUCCAGAAGAAACUACUGUAGUUUGUAGGGGGGAAAUAUGCAAACAUUUCUGGUCCAAAUCCCUCAAACAUUCCAUACUUCACUUUUCCUCCCACCUUCGUGUUGAUCCUGUUACACUCUUAAGAGAGAUGUUUCCUUAAGACAGAAGCAAGCUCAUGUCUCCUGUGACAGGCCCAGAUCCCUGCAGGCCGCAGAAGCAUACAUUCUGCUUCCACAUUAGGAAAAACAGGCAGGUGCGUUCCUUCUCCAGCCUGUGUCUGCUUAUAAGUGGGUGCCCCCUGCACUUAAUAUUUGGGGAAGGACCACUGUGUUGUUGCAUUAUUAAUUGAAUUUAUAUACCGCCCUUUACCCGCAGGUCUCAGGGCGGUUCACCAAAUAAAAAUAUAAAACCACAAAAUGCAUAAUCAAAAUAAAAACAACCCAAUAACCUCCACAUUUGCAUGGAAAUGGCUCCAGCCUUUGCAGGAAGGGCUGGGGAAGAUUCCCUGUCUGAAAUGUUGGGGAGCUGCUGGUAGUGUAGACAUUAGAGCUACAUAGAUUCAUGGUCUGACUCUGUCUAAGGUAACAGUCUACAUUCUGCCCAUACAUCAAAUGCAGAACAGCAAAAAAAACCCUAAUGCUGUUCUAGGCUACAUCCGGUGUCCAGAUCAAGAAAAGCAAUAGUACUGCUCUAUUCAGCCUUGGUCAGACCACCCCCCCCCCAGAAGUCCUGUAUCCAGUUCUGGGCACCACAAUUUAAGAGGGAUAUUGACAUGCUGGGAGGUGUGCAGAGGAGGGUGACCAAGAUGAAAAAGGCUCUGGAAACCAAGCCUUAUGAGGAACAGUUGAAGAAGCUGGGUAUGUUCAGCCUGGAAAAGAGGAGGCCAAGAGGUGAUAUGAUAGCUGUCUUCUGAAGGGCUAUCACAUGGAAGGUGAAACAAGCCUGUUUUCGCCUGCUCCAGAGGGUAAGACCCAAACUAAAGGAUUAAAACGACAAGAAAGGAGAUUCCAACUAAACUAGGAAGAACUUGCACUAAGAGCUGUUUGACCGUGGAAUGGGCUCCUUCGGAAUAAUAAUAAUUUUUAUUUAUACCCUGCCCACUCUGGGCGGCUUCCAGCAAAAUAUUAAAAUAGUGCGUCAAGCACUAAAAGCUUCCCUAAACAGGGCUGCCUUCAGAUGUCUUCUAAAAGUCUGGUAGUUGUUUUUCUCUUUGACAUCAGGUUACUUCCGGGUUUGCUGCUCGCGCACGUGCAGAAGCGCAAAACCGCUCAAGCACGUGCGCAGAGCGGCGCUUUGUCAAGCAUCUGGGGCUCCGGAAUGGAUCCCAGACUCAAAAUGAGGUACCACUGUAGUCGUUUAUUUCCUUGACACCUCAUGGGAGGGCAUUCCACAGGGCGGGCGCCACUACCGAGAAGGCACCAACACUUUGAAUUGUGCCCAGAAACCUACCGGGAGCCAAUGGAGGUCUUUCAAGUCCGGUGAAAGGUGAAGGACUCGCCUUCACUGGAGAUGUUUGCACAGAUGUUGGAUGACCCCCGAUCAUGGAUGCUUUAGGCACAAUUCCUGCAUUGCAGGGGGUUAGACUAGAUGACCCUAGGUGUCCCUUCCAACUAUGUUUCGAUAACCCGUGAUUGCGUUGGCUGCAAUUGGCAUUUUCUCUGGUACCCCUUCAAAGAGGCAAUAUGAGCAUCGUUGCUCAGGCCCAGGGUUAUAGACUUGUCCCCCCACCCUGUUUAAGAGUUGUCAAAGUGUGUUCCUGAUGUUUCCCAAUCACCCCCCCCCCCGGCAGGAAGUUCCCAGUGCUGAUGGAAGGCUUUGAGAAGCUGUUGACUACAUCACAGACUUGUUCUCCCCGGAUUUUCCAGGUUCUCCAGUUACGGAGCAGGGGCUGGGAUAUUCAGGUAAGGGUUCUCCAUCCUGUUCCAACUCUUGUAAGCCAGCUGCCCUGCUGAGUGGCUCGAAUUAGCCUGGGGAUAGAGUUUCCCUGAGAAGGGGACGGGCCUGACUGCCCGACCAACUUUCUCAGACCCAUGGAAAGAGCAGAAAGGUUAAAGUGUGUCCUGCUUGAGGCUGUGACGGCACUGUAGCCAGGGGAACAGGCAUGCUUGACCGCUGGCCAACUCUCCCAGGACACUGUGCACUGGCUGGAGCCUCUGGGCUGUGUCCACAGAGCCAAAAACUACCCGGUGGGUGUGCUUGUUUUCUCCAGCCUGGAACAGAACAAACACACACACACACACACACACAUUGACCCCAGCCAUGCUCCAAAAGUCAGCCCGGGUGUGUGUGUGUGCCUUUUGGAUCCGUCUUCUAUAUCAAAACAUCUUUUGAGUGCUGCAAGCCUCGCAGGGCGCUUCCAGGCCAUUGCUGUUUUCGGCUGAUAUUCAAUCACAUCCCAGCAAAUUCAAGUCGCGUAGUUCAAGCUGAUGGCCAGGUCUUGCUCAACAGACCUGCUUUCCCCAAAGAGCAGAUUUUUAUGUUCUAUUUCUGUCGUGCAGGGAUUAAUCAGCAAUAUCAAAAGCAACACAAUGGCCAGAAACAAUUACAAUGUGAAAAACUUUAUGGAAUAAUUCAAUACAUAAAAACUAAUAAACUGAAGUCUCUGAAAGUCCUUAAAGAAAUCACGGUGCCAGACUGAACUCCGCUGAACAGUGUUUCCAGAUAGCAACUACUUCUGGAUAGAUAUAAUAUACAUAUAGUCACUACAUAAUUGCAUGAACACUUACAGAGUAUUUUUCAUUCUCAUGUAUAUUAUAUCUAUUCGGGGAAAAGAUUGGUUAAUGAAGAAAUUACAUAUCUUUCUACUUAUGAGUUUUGAACUAAUUGGCUGAUGAAGAAUUCAACAAAACAGUUGCUAUCCGGAAACACUGUUCAGCAGAGUUCAGAGUUGCACAUCAGAAUUGGACAUUUGCUGAUUAUACAAAGCUUCACAGCUUGCUCUCUGCCGGGUAAAGUCUGGCACCGUGAUUCAUUUAUGGACAUCUAGAGACUUUCAGAGACUUCAGCUUGUUAAUUUUGAUGUUUUGAAUUAUUCCAUAAAGUUUUUCACAUUGUCAUUGUUUCUGGUCAUCGUGUUGCUUUUGAUAUUGCUGACUCAUAUUUUGCAACACAGGGGUUUAUUUGUUUACUCAUUGUUGUGCAGGGAUUAACGGCAGGACAACGAAAGUGGGCUUUGCAAGCCCUCGUGGUUCCUAAGAGACUGAGGCCCUGAUCUUCACUAUGCAUUGAAAGCAGGAUCGUGCCACUUUAAGCAGGUUCAAAGCAGAGUGGCGCGGCAAGAGGGGGCCCGGCGUUAUUAUCUCUGCACACCAGCUGCUCUGAGCAACCCCUCCAGCUUUGCAUGCAGAAGCUCCUCUCCUCUCCUCACUCUUGUCCCUCCUGCCCGCUGGAUCUGGGCCUAGGCGUGGAGCUCUGCCACACAAGGAGCCCCCCGCCCAUCCUCCUGUCUGGCCUUGCCUGGUGCGGCUUGGGGAGGGGACUGUCAGGAGUUCAGCCUACACUUGAGUAGGACUCUGGCAGAGACACAUGCUUGACUGGCAUGUUCUCUCCCGCCUGGUCGUUCGUUUGGGAGGUUCAAAAGCUUUUCUUCAGCCCGAACAUCACAGCGACCGAUGCCAACCGACAUUGGCACACUUAGGGAUCCGCAGAGUGUUCGCAGUUUGCAUAACAGACCUCAGCAACUCAGCAUUUUGGCUAAUCUACUUUAUUUACAUAUAAACACACACGGAGCACUGCAACAUGGCUCCCUCUCUCUCUAGCGUCAGACAGCAAAGAGAAAAAGAACAAAGGACAAUAGUCCCACUUCGUGGAACACAGUAACACAAACAUCCUGUCUCCGUCACUUCCCACUCUCUGGAGUCAAAACAUACACCGUCAUGUGAUAGACAACAAUCCCAUGACUGCAACCAAGGAGCAGGAAUUCUAACAUCCUCCCCCAAUUCAUGAUCUGUGUUGCAGUCAUCAAUGUAACUGCAACAACCAUGCAGAUGUCAUACACACAGUACAGAAUUCUAACAGGGACAUCCCAUCGGGUCUUCCUCACCUCUGGCCACCAGUGAGCCCAGUUCAGUCCUAGCCAAGUCCACUUGUCUGCUCCAGCCUUAACGGCAGGGUCAUCAAUUUCCUGGAUGAAAAUUUGCACCCCACCCUCAGAAAAAAUGCACCCGGGGCCACUGCUCCUCUCGCCCCCCCCCCCCAUCGUACACUACACCACUGGAACUCCCUCCAGCAGAAGCGCCUGGCACCUUCCUUGUAAAGUUUCUGGAGCUUGCUCAAGGCACACCAAUUUACGCUGAAUUUCGACACUUGAGGCGUAUCUUUUUUGCAAUCCACCUUGUACUUAUGCUUGUAAGUCGCUUUAAAUCGCUCUUAACAUUGUGUUUCGAUGCUGCGUGACGCUCCUAGCAGCCUUAGGGUGAACGGCGGCGAUCAAAUUAACGAGAGCAAUUAAUAAAUAGAUGUGCGUCCUUAAUGCAGAGCAAAACCUUUGUGGGUUUUCCGUUUUCUGCCUUGGGCAGCAACCAGCCCGGCUGCCUUCUAAGUGCUGUAACGGCACCUCCUUCCGUUGGCCCGGCCUCUAAGGCCUUGCAAAAGCCAUUGCUAAUGAGACAAUCGCUCCUGUGCCGUUGAUUGUUUGGCCAGCCCAUGGCGGAGGCUGAUGAAGGCUAAUGAGGUGAAUGGCAUAGUCGCGGGGUGCUAACUCGCUGCUAUGCUGCGGACAACAAUGUAUGAAUCACUGCUCCUUUCUUAGCUUGCUGGAGGGGGGGCGUGAGAUGCAAGGCAGAACAGGCAAUGAGCUCUUCAGCUCUGGCUGCUCAGGAGAGAAUAGCUCCCUGGAGGGGGGGCAGUUUCCUUAAGUGGCUGGGGCAACACCAGGCUGAAUCUGCAGCUGGGGCAGUGGAUUCACAGCUGUUAAAAGGGGAGGCAGUGCAUCCCAUGCGGUCCUCUUCGAAGUGGCAGUCCGCACAUCCCCUCCAUUUAAUUCUGAUUUAUCCUGAUGGGGGGGACGUGGAACCCAACACGCAAUUGCAUGCUGCCCAGCUGUGGAUUUAAUUUAUUUAUUGCAUUUAUAUCCCAACUUCCCCCCUCUCCAAGGAGCUCAAAGUGGCAGACAUCGUUCUCCCCCUCCCUCCUUAUUUAAUCCUGUUGCAGGAAUUUAUGUAUAGGUUGGGGGGGUUGCCCCUCCAGCAGAUAUCAUGCGCAUGCAGCCCACUGCCAAAAUCAGGACAAUCACUUUUGUGACUUUUGUGACUUGUCCCCACAAAAUACUUCAUCGCAGUUUCUUCCUAUAUAUUCAAAGGGCCUCUGCUGCACGAUACCAAAUGUAAGAAUUCACUGAUAAAUGUACCUAUGUACUGGCUCACUGGGAAAACUUCAGAAAUUCAUCUAGACAUGUGAGCUCAGCUGCUCAGCAGCCCCUCUGCCUGAGUGAUAAUCCCUGGCAUCCUGAUACCUGAGUGCCAGACAGGUAGCCAUUCCAGAAAUAACAAACCCAGAUGAAGACAAAAGGGUGUGAUUAACUUGCCUGGGAAACAGGGAAAUUUAAAUAUCUCUUUUGUUACACUUGAUGGGUGUUUGGUGGAGGGCAAGGGGAACCAUGGAGCAGGGUCCAGGAUGCUCAGAUUACUGCCACCAGACCUCCCCUUUCAUGAUGUAACCGUGAUGUAUGAGUGAUGUAGUUGCGGGGGGGAUGUAACAUGGGGAUUAGCAGCUAAUAAAAGUUUGGGGGCUCUUUUGUUCUGGGCUUCCAUCUUGUUCCACCUGGUGGCAGGUGGGAGUCCUGUCGCGACUGUCUUCAAUAAAGACCAAGCCUACUGGCUGCUGGACUAGAUGGGCCAUUGGCCUGAUCCAAUCGGAUCUUCAUUUCCUAUAUUUUCUCCAUGUGCACCAUUUAUAUCUGCAAAUCUGCAGGUCAGCCUGAAAAAUGCCACAGGGCCUCAAGUGCUCUCCUCCGGAUAGAAAAGCAAACUCUUCAGCAGCUGCUUCUGGAACUCCCUGCCACUUGACAAAACGGUGAGCUGUGUGCACGAAACAGUACGCUUGUCCCCCGGUUUAAAAGCACCACUUCUCAUCCGGAUGUUGCCUGCGCACUUCUCUUUGGGAGCGGCGCCCCACCAGCUUUUGCACCAUUCAGAAGAUCCCGGGCCGUGGUUUCUUGGAUCCUGCCCUGAUUUUAUCCAUGCCCACCCACCCCCUGCCCAAACCCCCCCAUUGCUUUCCCCCUGCCCCUGGCAGAUGCUUGUAUCACUUGCACAUUUGGGUCUGGCUAAGCAGCUCAUUCAAAGCCCUUCCCAGCCUCUGAUCCUUGGCACGCUUGUUGACUGCGAGAAUCUGACUCCCGGCACGAGAGCAAAGGAAGCGGAUGGAUGACUUGUUUUAAUUAGGCCGGAGCUGGCAGCCUGACAGGAUGGGAUCUCUGGGCCCUUGCCUCGCCCAGCUGCAUGCGUGCGCUCAGGGGAAUGGGCAAGUAUUUGCAGGCGUAUCUGGGACCCUGCAAGCUCACUUGGUUUUUUACUUAGAUGCAUCCAUUGCUCUCCAUAUACCUCACCGGUGUCUGCUCCACUUAGGAUGGAAAAGAGACGAGGCUUUGGAUGCAGUCGCUACUGAUCAGCAGCCCCCUUGCCUGGGGAUUGUGGCACUGAAGAAGCUAUUUGCUUGUCCGAAAGGGCAAAGCACUUUCCUCCUGCUUUCCGUCACGGUGACUAAGGGUGAUUCUUUCCCGAACUGGACCCUGCUAGAGAGAGACCCUCUUAGCCUCCCCUGCCCCAGGCCCUGGGUCCUUUCCAGAAUUAUUUUGGUCCUCCGCAUUUGUGCCAAGAGCAGCAAAAAGAUGCCAUGCCUGACAUUUUGCAAACAAGGAGGAGUUCCUUCCCGGGCAGGCGCUAACUGCCACUCUUCUGCAGGGGAAAGAGAGAGAGAGGCUGCCUAGGGUGGGGUGAUAGGUUCAGGACAAACAAACAAGAAAGGAUGGGGCAUAGCUAAGCUAUGGAACUCCCUCCCACAGUAAGAAAAUGGAAAAGCCUCCCCAUUGUCUUUCCCUUCACAAAUCCUGUCUUAAGGGUAUGUCUGUCUGUGUUUGAAUAGGGUGAGCCUGUGACCUGGCUCAGGAACUAAGUAUUUAUCAUGACAAAAGACUGGCCAGGCUCCCCAGGGUAUCCAAUCAAGUGAGCAUUAACUGGUAACCUGUCAGAUGAGAUAAACAACGCACUCAGAUUUCUGCUGUAGACCGCCUUUUCUGUGUUAUAGGUAUGAUGUAUGUGGUCUUGGGUUACACACCUUCUGUGAUGUAUGUAUGAUGUAUGGAGGGGUGGUCUUGAGCUCCAGGGCAGGGAAUUUAAAAUGUCUAGAUAAGGGCAGGCACACCUUGGUUCUGGGUUCCUUCUCCUCCUCCUGCGUGUGAGGGGAGCACCCUGUUGCAAUAGAUCAAUAAAGAUCAGGCUUACUAGCUGCUUUGCUUCUCAAUAUUCUCUGGUUGGCCUCUGUUAUUUGCUCCUACCAAUAGGGAAUCCACGUAAGGACUCUAUAUGGGCUCUUGGGUACCCCAUAAGGGAAAAAGGGCAAUUUUUUGUGUACAGCACUUGUGAAUGCCUGUUGUUGGAAAUGGCAGGAAGGAAGCGUGUUCGAAUCCUGCUUGUGGGUUUCCUACCAGCGUCUGGGGAAAUAGUAUUAAAAUCACUUUUCUGACCAUGCUUCCAGAUUGGCCAAUCCAUGGAGGGACUCUUAACAGAGAAGUGAUGUGUACCUGCCAUUAUCAGGGCAACAGCUAUGCCUUUGCUACUGGAACGAUGGGCUGGUUGUCUCAUGCCAGGUCAGAAGCAUCCCAGUCCAUGAAAUUUCAAGGCCCAGACCUGAGACCUAGAGGUGACCCCCUGGUGAUGUCACUGGCCCUGGAGACAGAGGUUAAUUGGGAGGGGAGCAGAGGAUCCUGCCCCCUCCAGAAUGUCUGUGCUAUAAUGUAUGUACUGAGUUGAAUAGGAUCCAAAAGACAGCAGUCUGAUUGGUCCUAGAACAAUAGGCUUCAGAAUGCAGCAGCCUGAUUGGUCCUCGAACAAUAGGCUUCAGAAUGCAGCAGCCUGAUUGGUCCUCGAACAAUAGGCUUCAGAAUGCAGCAGUCUGAUUGGUCCUAGACCAAUAGGGUCCAGAAUGCAGCAGUCUGAUUGGUCCACAGGAGCCACCCAAUCCAGCUCCAGGUGGAAGUGAAUCCGCAACCUGAUUGGCCUACAGGUGAAUCUCGGAAUUAACCAAUCAUGUGGGGCCCCUUGUGUAAAUAAUGUAUAUAAAGCUGACAUUCUGGGGGAACUUCCAUUCCUCCUCACCACUAUGAGCUGAGUAAAGAGCAUGAAAUCCACUCUCGACUCCGAGUAUAUUUCAUAUAACUUUCAGCCAGCUUCUAAUGGGCUGAACGCUUGCAAGAUGGACGCACAAUCUUCUAGAUAAUUUUUUGAGAAACUCUCUUCUGUCCAUAACAGAACUGCUGAAAAAGGGCUCAGAAAACUUUCUUUUCCUCCGCCUUUCAGCCACCUCUGGCUGGUUAACACCUUGAACAGCUGCGCUCCCACUGUGAUUAUUAUUAAAGGUUCACUUGCCCACCUGGAGAUUCCAACCUUCCACCUGGAGGGGACCAGGCAAACCUGGAGGCCUCGGGUCAGAGCUCAGGCAACCCCACCUAGCAGGGAAUUCUUGGCAGUCCGGAGCAGUGAAUCGUUCAGAGUUCCAACAGGGGCUUCCUGGCGCCUUCAAUGUAUGCCCUGUGACGCACAGGGUGGGAAUUGCCCUCGCCUGAGCUGAUCCUCCGUUUCCCCAGUCAAACUGCCUAUUUCCUUCCUGGUCUUAAUAUAGAUGGCAACCCCCCUGAGCAGGGAAGGGCCCUGGCACUCUGCUAGUCUGAACAGCCUUUUGGCACUCGGCAAAGGUUAAACAAUAGGAGAUUCUGCCCGUUGCAUCUGGCCUAAUCCCCAUCGCCGCUAAACAGCCCCGGGCAACUAUGGGACGCCCUCCCUGGGACACGCAAACCCAGGAGACCUUGCCUAAGAAAGCCUUCUCUCCCAGCUUGGGUCUUGCUGGGGGUCGGGCGGGCAAGGGAGGGCUUUCUCCUCUGGGCCAGACCCCCUCCGGCAGGCUCCCCAAGGAGCAGGGAGUUCAGCAAGGGUGGCUGGGUCAUCUGAUUUCUGUUUGUUUGAAUUCCCAUCUCCUCUGAGCAGGAGAGAGAGAGCGCCGGGCAGCAGAAUGGAGUGUCCUUUGAACGGAAGCCAGAGGGAACAGGUGGCCCCGCAGAGCAGAGCGCAGCAGGCUCAUAACUGCCAGAGUUCUGGGGUAAAAGAUACUCCUCUCUCCCCACGCUUAAUCCAGCUCAGUUACGCAGAGUAUAGAAGGCGGGCAGCUCUGUCCCACUUUUAAUCCAGCGCUGGCGGCCGUCGGCAACGGCGACGGUAGGUAACGGGUCCCUUGCCUCGUUUCCCCAGGGGUAGAGACCGGGAGAGGCCUCACUCUGCGCUGGGACUUCCUUGGGCCGGGCAGAGUCUUCUAGCCUGCGGCUUUGCUCGUGGCCUUUCUGUGGGUUUAUGCGGAGGGCUACCUGUCCAGGUAAACUCCAACCUUUUGUUCAUGGGAGAUGGAGAGAGAUGGUUUGGGGAUGCUCUUCCCACCAGCGUUGCCCGGGCACCGUGCAGGGUAGCCUUGGCGUGGUUUGGAUGCUCUGCUACCAGCAGUCGAGAGAUGCCUUGGGCCAAAGAGGUCCUCUUGACCGUCUUGGUGGCUCCUGCUCUGAGAAUCGAGCUCUGAGGUGGCUGCUCUUGAGGCUAAUGUCUCUGGCAGGUGCCCGGGCGAUGGCUCUCUGCAGGCGGCUAUUUCCAUCUGCUCCCUAGGGUAAGAUCAGGCAAAUCUUGGCCAGACUUUUGCUGAUUUCCUUCGGCCGUCUGGAGUGCAGUUCACGCUGCAAGCUUCUUCCUUGCACAAUUCAGGCUUUUGAUUCCAAGGCAGCCUUGAGCUUUAGUCUGAGCUGCCGCCCACCUAUCGAUGAGGUGCCUUGGGGUGGCAAAAAAACAACACACCUUGAAGCAGAGCAUGUGUGCAAAGUGAAUCCAGAGUUUGCGGAGAACUGUGAAAUUUUGUGCAAAGCUGGGAAUCGUCUGCAAAGUUGGACUGAGUUUGUUUUUAGGCACUGGGGCAUCUAUUCCGUUGGCCUUUUUUAUUGUGUGUGUGUGUGUGCCUGUGGAGUAUAGUUUGAAAUAACAGUCAGGUGCUCUAUGGAAUGGGCAUGGCUACGGGCCAAGCCAAAGAGGAAAAAAUGUAAAAAUCAGGGGCAUUCCAAACAGGCCUGCAAGUGCUAAUUGAUCUGAUUUAUGGAUCAAUCAGCCAACAUGUUGAUUGACGCAGGAAUUUUUUAACUGGUAGGGAUGGAAAGAGAGCAUUCUUGUUUAUCUUUGGAUGUGAUUUUGCUUCUGGUAUGUUGCUGUAAGAAGGAAUUGGGGAAGACUUACCGGUAUAUUAAAGAGGUUGUUUUGUUCCAAUAACGAAGUGAUAGCCUUUAGUCGUGAAUCUUUGUCACCUCAUACUUUUUUCAGGCCUGAGGCUGAGUUUUCUUUUGUAGUAGACAAAUCAAUUUCACCUACAUGUUGUCAUGCGCAAUAACUUCAAUGUGGUUUCGGUGAAAUGUGAAUUUACUAUUUUUAAUUGAUUCCUGACUGGUUGUAAUUAUUGUUGGGCUUUCUUGUAUGACCAUAAGCCAUCACUAACGGUGAUGGCUGAGAUUUAAUUUCCAAUGUAUGCAACGCCACACUGAGCUUUCUUAAACAAAAAGGAAAAAGCCCCUGCCCCUGGGAGCUUACAAUCAUAAUUUCCAUAGUGCAGGCAGGUAGGAGGGAGACUCAGUGUGCAGCCGCAAGGGAUGAUGAAUGCGGGCAAAUGCCACGAAUGUUUGGUUCCAGCGGGGGAUGAGUAUUAAAGGCCGGCCGGCAAUCAAUCAUCUGAUCUUUAAUUGGUUCAAACAAUUGUCCCUGACCCCUAGGGACACUGGAGAAGCGAUGUGCUUGGUCUGCUGCAAGACGGAGGACCAGGCGAGGCGGUUGUUUUAAUCCCAGUGAACUCGAGCGGGAUGCAUGGCUCUCGGCUAUGUGUCCUUGAUGGGUGCAAUCGCUAUGACUCCAGCCACUUUCUUGAUGGGACCCAUUUGCAGCUGCCUCCGCAGGGCAGACAGCCGGCCUGGUUAGCAGCCUUGCCAAGUCUUCCCUCCCUUGGCACAGAGGGCGUUCCGGUUGGGCUCUGUCCAGGCUGCAGCCCUUGUCCCUCCAGGCUGCUUUCAUUGCCUUCUCCUGGUCAGGAUAAGGAAUGGCUGAACGGCCCAGCUAGCUAAUAUGGUAGCAGAAUUGAACUCUUAACUGUUGGCACUGUAAACUAGCCAAGGGGUGGUUUCCCCAGAUGUACUGGGAAUGCCCAGAGGUAAAAGAAUUCCGGAAUAAAAUCCUAAAGGUUAUUUUAUUUUAUUUUCCCCCAUUUUUUUUUAUUGAUUUUCCACCUUAAUCACAAAAAUGACAUAACAAAACACACAAGGAAAGCACAUAAAUUAAACACAAAGAAAAAUUGUUUCUUCAAAUACCUAAUUCUUGUUACAUUGAUUACUGACUUCCUCGAAUCCCCUCUAACUGAAUUUCUUUAUAUCACCUAUAUAACAGUUCUCCAAAUUCAUAUUUCUAAUACAGUAAUAUUAAUUCCUUUCAUUUACCAACCUCUUCUCCUAAUUAAUAUAUUUUAAUCCUUAAUAUUUACUAUCACAUAUUCUUAUUUUACCCCUAAGCCUAUUUACUGUUUCCAAGAAUUUUCUGUUUAUCCUAUAUCACAAUAUUUAGCUAAAUAUUCUUUAAAUUUCUUCCAAUCCUCAUGUAUCUCCUCUUCCAGUCAGGUCAGCCAGCUCCAAAAAGUCCAACAUCUUCAUCUGCCAUUCCUCUAUUGUUGGGAUUUCUUGCGAUUUCCAGCUUUUGGCUAAUAAAAGUCUUGCCGCUGUAGUGGCACACAAAAACAGUCUAACAUCUUUUGGGGGCAUUUCCAGUCCUAUUAUUCCAAGUAUAAAGGAUAAAAUCCUAAAGGUUAUUAAUGAACUGUUUAAAGCGAAGCUUUCAAUAGACUUUGAUUUCAUGACCAUGGAUAUACUUGGAAACGCAGCUAUAAACAAAGGAGACCAGCUUGCUUUCAAAGCUAUGAUAUUAGAGGGAAAGGCAACGAUAGCUUUAGGUUGGAAAGACAGAGAAAAAUGGACAGUAGAGGCAUGGAACAGUUAUUUGUUUGAACUUAUUCAGUCGGACACUGUCGCAGUAACGUCACAGGAAACAACGUGGAAGGUCAAGUCCACCACGAUAAGGAACAGAUGGAACCCCUAUUUUCAAUGGAUAAAAACUACUGGAACAAAAGACAUUUGGUAGAAACUAAAGACGCUAUGCCCAUGGCUGAGGAUAAUUGUUUGAACCCUUCCAAUGGAUAUGGGGGAGUGGGAAGGGAGGGGAAGGAAAAACUGUACGGGAAAUUUAAAAAUUGGAAGGAGAUAAUAUAAUGUAUGUAAAACUCCCGAAAUAAAUUAAUUUUUAAAAGAAAAAAGAAAAAAAAGGAAUGGCUGAAAAGGAAAUACUCUCUAUUCCAAUGUGUGAAUAAGGGAAUUGAAUCUACUCUAGGCAACACAGUAGAUCUUCUUUUGAUUGAUGGGUUGAUUAAGAGCAGGGAUGUCAGAGAUUACUUUCCCCCCUAUAAUAAUAAUUUGUUCUUUUUUCCAUAUAGAAAGUUACAUUUGUUGCUCAACGAUUAUAUUCCAGUUCAACAAAACUAGUGAGUUCUCACUCAGCCAACAGCGAUAUUCAUAGCCCAAAUUACAUACAGUUACAUUUUAAGGUUCGGUUUUCAUUCUCUCCAACCUGUUUCUUAAUACGUUCUGCUGUUUUCUAAAUAAUAAUAAUAAUAAUAAUAAUAAUAAUAAUUGCUUCAAACUCCACUGUGGCCUUCGCAUAUGGGAAAACAACUUUUCAUAUAGACUAGAAAAGGCUUUUCUAGUCUUCUUUGAAAGAUUCUAAAUCUGUUUCCUUCUGUAUCUGCAUCUUUCAUCCACGCUCCCAAUUUUGCAAUCUCUGCAUAUUCCAAGUUUUUCACAGCCAUCCUCCCUUUGAGGGUGUUCUCCUGCUUCCAUUUCUGUGUACAGAGAAUCCUCGCCACUCUAGUCACAUACAGAAAUACUGUUGAGUCUUUCUUUGGAAUUUCGCUGUCCAAUAUCCCCAGCAGGAUGUAGAUUUCCAAUGGAAAUGGGAGGGGAAAUUGACAAUGCAUUUGCGGAAUCAAACUCAAUCCAUUGGACAUAAUUGGUAUCCACUGUUGUCACUUCCAGCCUUCGAUAUGGAAUUGAUUUGGCACUGAUUCUCGCAUUGGGCUCGAUGACACUUGCUGUCCCUUCCAACUCUGAGAUUCUGUGAUUGUGUUUCCUCCCAUUUCCACUGUGUUUGCAUUGAAAUGAAUGGGGUGUAAUAAUGAAACAACGCCAAUAUAAUGCAAUUCUACCACCGCGCACAGCAAAACGAAUAAUGUAGUUUUUGGCAGAGGAUGGACUGCAGCAGAUGGAAACGUGUGUUGCAGGCAGCAGUGGGGGGAAAUGGGAAAAGAUGCUAUCUUAAAUGCAGAAUAGCUGGGGAUGAACUCGUCUCUGUCACGCCAGAGCCCAGGGGCUGCAGCUCACCAAUAAUAAUAAUAAUAAUAAUAAUUUUAUUUAUACCCCACCCUCCCCAGCCAAGACCGGGCUCAGGGCAGCUAACACCAGGUAUAAAAACAAUUGAUUAAAAUACAACUUAAAAACAAGAUUAAAAUACAACAUUAAAAUGCAGCCUCAUUUCAGUAGAAACUCAAAUCAAAAACUUUUUUGGGGAUGAAAACAUCAAGUCUUCACCAAGGCCAAUGAAAUAUACUCGUAGUCGAGAGUGGAUUUCAUGCUCUUUAUUCAGCUCCUAGUGGUGAGGAGGAAUGGAAGUUCCCCCAGAAUGUCUGCUUUAUAUACAUUAUUUACAUAAUGCACCCCAGGUGAUUGGCUAAUUCCGGAAUUCUCCUGUAGGCCAAUCAGGUUGUGGAUUCACUUCCAUCUGGAGCUGGAUUGGGUGGCUCCUGCAGACCAAUCAUACUGCUGCAUUGUUCUAGGACCAAUCAGACUGCUGCAUUUUGGAUCCUAUUGUUCUAGGACCAAUCAGACAGCUGCAUUUUGGAUCCUAUUCAACUCAGUACAUAACACCCAACUAUCCAGACUGGUCCUACGUGGGCCAGAAAAAAGCCAGGGAAGUCCCCAAAUAGGAGUUCCAUCACAGAAGGAGAAAGGAAAAAGGAAAGAGGGGAAGGGAACCAAGUUGAUUCCAAACCAAAGGCCAGGCGGAAUGGAUGGGAAAACGUCCCUCACUUUGCAUCUCCAACAAGGGCUGGGAGAAAGUCCUGCCGGAAAGCCUAGACUGCUGCUGCCAGCCAGUGCAGACAGUACUGAGGAAGAUGGACCAAUGGCCAGCCCAAGACAGGUCACUCAACUGUUCCAACGAUUCUUUCAACAUAAUAAUAAUAAUAAUAAUAAUAAUAAUAAUAAUAAUAAUUUAUUAUUUUUACCCCGCCCAUCUGGCUGAGAUUCCCCAGCCACUCUGGGCGGCUUCCAAUCGAGUGUUAAAAACAAUACAGCAUUAAAUAUUAAAAACUUCCCUAAACAGGGCUGCCUUCAGAUGUAUUCUAAAAGCCUGGUAGUUAUUUUUCUCUUUGACAUCUGGUGGGAGGGCAUUCCACAGGGUGGGUGCCACUACCGAGAAGGCCCUCUGCCUGGUUCCCUGUAACUUGGCUUCUCGCAGCGAGGGAACCGCCAGAAGGCCCUCGGCGCUGGACCUCAGUGUCCGGACAGAACGAUGGGGGUGGAGACGCUCUUUCAGAUAUACUGGACCGAGGCCGUUUAAGGCUUUAAAGAUCAGCACCAACACUUUGAAUUGUGCUUGGAAACGUACUGGGAGCCAAUGCAGAUCUCUCAGGACCGGUGUUAUGUGGUCUCAGCGGCCACUCCCAGUCACCAGUCUAGCUGCUGCAUUCUGGAUUAAUUGUAGUUUCUGGGUCACCUUCAAAGGUAGCCCCACAUAGAGCGCAUUGCAGUAGUCCAAGCAGGAGAUAACCAGAGCAUGCACCACUCUGGCGAGACAGUCUGCGGGCAGGAAGGGUCUCACCCUGCGUACCAGGUGGAGCUGAUAAACAGCUGCCCUGGACACAGAAUUGACCUGCCACCUCCAUGGACAGCUGUGAGUCCAAAAUGACUCCCAGGCUGCGCACCUGGUCCUUCAGGGGCACAGUUACCCCAUUCAGGACCAGGGAGUCCUCCACAUUUGCUCGCCUCCUGUCCCCCCAAAACAGUACUUCUGUCUUGUCAGGAUUCAACCUCAAUCUGUUAGCCACCAUCCGUCCUCCAACCGCCUCCAGACGGAGGACCUUCACCGCCUUCACCCAACAUUAUCUCUGCCAGAGAGAGGGUCUUUGCUGUCACUUUUAGCAAGAAAUGCUAUGAGAGAUUGCGCCUGGAGCAGGCGGCCACUGAGGGGGACGGGUUGCUGAGCCAGAGCAGCUUCCCUUUGGCCUGUACACACUCCCCAAUGCUCAUCCUUGACAUGCGCUCUGAGUCGUGCAGGGACAUGCCUUCCUAGGCUCCCCUUGUUGCGCGUUUGCUUCUCCUGAAGAGGAUGAGAAGCGGUGCUUUUAAAGCAGGGAACAAGCGUCCUGUUUCGUGCACACAGCACACCGUUUCCUCAAGUGGCAGGGAGUUCCAGAGGCAGCUGCUGCAGAGUUUGCUUUUCUAUCCGGAGGAGAGCACUUGAGGCCCUGUGGCAUUUUUUGGGCUUUGCAGAUAUAGAUGGUGCACAUAGAGAAUAUAUAGGAAACUCUCUUGUACUGCCUGAACAGCCAGGACUUUGCCCAAAGAAUCCUGGAAAAUGUAGUCCCUAUCACUUUCACUACUGCAAAAAGUCCAUACAGUGGUACCUCAGGUUACAUACACUUCAGGUUACAGACUCCGCUAACCCAGAAAUAGUGCCUUAGGUUAAGAACUUUGCUUCAGGAUGAGAACAGAAAUCGUGCGGCGGCGGCGCAGCAGCAACAGGAGGACCCAUUAGCUAAAGUGAUGCUUCAGGUUAAGAACAGUUUCAGUACGGACCUCCGGAACGAAUUAAGUACUUAACCCGAGGUACCACUGUAGUUUGAAGAGGUGGGUUUCUUGUGCCAGGGUCCUUCAAUCAUGCAAAACUUAAAUUCUCCUAGGCGCUUUUUUAUUCUCUCCUGCGGAAUGACAGUGUGGAGGCGCAAUAAUAAUAAUAAUAAUAAUAAUAAUAAUUUAUUUAUACCCCACCCAUCUGGCUGGGCUUCCCCAGCCACUCUGGGCGGCUUCCAAAAAAAUAUUAAAAUACUGUAAUACAUCAAACAUUAAAAGCUUCCCUAAACAGGGCUGCCUUCAGAUGUCUUCUAAAAGUUUGGUAGUUGUUUUUCUCCUUGACAUCUGGUUGGAGGGCAUGAGGGUCAGGACUCAGGGAACGAGUUUGCUGUUAAUUCGGCAGGGAGCCACAGACCGGGGGGGCAAAUGCCUCUCUAUCCGGCCCUUGGAACUGCCCACGAAUGUUUUUGCCUGGCUGGAAAGUACCCUCGAACUCUGAUGAUGGUUCUUGUUCGUCUGGACAGAGAAUAGAGGCAGGAGAGAGUGUUUGCGAAUGUAUGUAGGAACCAGUCUGCUGCACAAAGGUGAAAUUAACAUCCAUUGCCCCAGCCACUUUGGCCUCUGGCACUGCCCGCCCCUGGCACUCCAUCUCCCUCACACAGGAUCCUUGUUCUGAGAAAAACUUUGGAACUCCCUGCCUAUUGACGUCAGCCUUCGCUGAACUCUUUCUGGUGCCUGCUUAAAAACAUUCUUUGCUUAAGCAAUCCUAGCCAGGUGUAUCAAAAGCUAAUGCGACCUUUCACCUGUUUUAGUUUAUUAUUUUAACUUUUUAAAUGUCUGAAGUUUUUGUUGUUAAUUUUUCAUAAUGAAUUUUUUGUUGUUUUUAUCUUUCUUUUGUAAACUACUUUUUUCCUUCCUUCCUUCCUUCCUUCCUUCCUUCCUUCCUUCCGUCUUUUUCUUUCUUUCUUUCUUUCUUUCUUUCUCUCUCUCUCUCUCUCUCUCUCUCUCUCUCUCUCUCUUUCUUUCUUCCUGCCUUCCUUCCCUCCUCUUUCUUUUUUUCUUCUUUUUUUCUUUCUUUCUCUCUCUCUCUCUCUCUCUCUUUCUUGGAAAUAAAUGAAUAAACCCUGCCUCCUCUUGGCAUGUAGGGCAAUUUAUUGCAAUGCCCCCAAACACUUUUUGUCGCUUUAAUUUUUGUUAUUUGCUGUAUCAGGGGGGGAAAGCACUAUUCUCCCAUAUUUUGUGUCUUGCGCAGAAGCUGAGCUGAAGGCCAAGGAGGUAAGCCCAGGUCUGGAGGCCUCUGCCCAACACCCAGCGUCCGAGGAGGCUCCCCUGGGAGGAGAGCAGAGGAUGGAGAAGGAGGGAGGGUCUUGCAGUACCCCCGGCACAGAAGGGGGAGCAGAGGCGCCUGCCGUGGGCCUGGGGGAGCCGAGAGAAGCAGCGGAAGCCGGGCCUGAAGAGCCAAGCCAGGUGGCGGAAGGGGGAGCAGGGCAGGAUGCGGCCAAGGCAGUGGAAGAGAGCCAUACGCCAAGCCAAGCCGCCGUGGCAGGAGGGGAAGGGAGCCACGAAAGCCCACCAAGCUCCCAGCAGAAGCACCUUGAACUUCAGCAGAGCCUCAGCUGCCCAGCACACCUGCCCAGGUAAUGCUUCUCUCUCGUACAGCCUUUAUUAAUGCAUUGAUGUACGAAAAUAUUUGUUUCUAAAAAUAUAUAUAUCAAAGCGGUUUGCAGCAAUGAAGCCAUAAAAAAGUUGAAAGCAUUGUUAGGUGGGCUUCCCCAAGUCCCCCCUAUCUGAUUUUCAUUUUACCUCAUCUUUAGCAGUUUGCAUAUAUCAUAAUUUCUAACCAUUUUUUAAAAUCACACUUACUUUAGCCAUAAAACUCUUCACUUGCAAAUAAUACUAUUUUAAAAUACACUAUCUUCUGCUUCUAACCCUGCAGCCUAAAUCCACUUCCAAAGCUAUUCUAAGAUUUAAAUAUUAACAUUUUUUUUCAAAUAUUCCUUAAACUUCUUCCAAUCUUCUUCCACCGUCUCUUCUCUCUGGUCUCGGAGUCUCCCGGUCAGUUCGGCAAGUUCCAUAUAGUCCAUCAUAGAAAAAAUAAGGAUAAGAAUCUGUUUCUAUUGUUUGUUUUCCUGUUUGUGCUGUUUAUUUGUGUUAUAAAAUGAAUAUAAAAUUUUGGGGGGGAAAGUUAAAAGCAGACAUUGUUUUAUUUUAUUGUUUUCACUUAUAUGCAAGAAGCAACCAUCAAUAUUCAGCAAUGGCCACCACCAGCAGCAGCUAUAAAAGCACCAAAGGUCUAUUUAAUUUCAUUUAACUUUUAAGUGAUUUCGGUUUUUAAGACAAAGGUUGUCCACAAGACAAAGGUAUCAUUCCACAUUCCUCCUUUGUCCUUAAGGUCCACAAAUGACAACACUUUGGAGGUCCCAAGUCUCAAGGGGGUUAGAUUGGUCUCCACUAGGGCCAGGGCCUUUUCAGUACUGGCCCCGACUUGGUGGAACGCUCUGCCCAAGAGACUAGGGCCUUGUGGGACUUGACAUCUUUCCGCAGGGCCUGCAAGACAGCUGUUCCGCCUGGCCUUUGGUUUGGACUCAGGCUGACCCUUAUGUUGGCCUCCCCUUAAGGUUUUGAUCUGUGGACUACUAUUAAAAUGAAGCUCCAUUUUAAAUUGUAUUUUAACCUGUAUUUUAAAUUGGUUUUUUUAAAAAAAUUCUCCCCCCCCCCAUUAUGUUUUUAUUGUAAUUUUACUGGUGUUAGCCGCCCUGAGCCCGGCUCUGGCUGGGGAGGGCGGGGUAUAAAUAAAUUAUUAUUAUUAUGUUGUUGUUGUUGUUGUCACGUGUCCUCAGUUGCCGUUAACCAUGUUCUAUCCAUGUUGAAUAUGUAAUAAAACCAUACCUGAGAUAGCUCAGUCAGUAGAGCCUGCUAAUCUCCAGGAUGAGCCUCAUAUUGGUAAAAAAAUUCCUGUAUUACAAGGGGUUUGACUAGAUGACCCUGGUGGUCCCUUCCAGCUCUGAUUCUUUCUUUGGAAUGCAGUGAUGUUAUUCAUAAUUGCCUGGCAGAAUAGAAAAGUUUUCAGCAGGCGUUUAGAAGUUGGCACAGAAGACAGGUGCUGAAUCUCUAGUGGCAGAGAGUUCCACAGGGCUGUGAUGAUGGGACUAAAGCCGUGAUUUCUUGCUGUUGCCAAGUGAGUCUCACCAUCUCGGGGAGCGACGCUCCUGAAAAUGAUCUCUGCACUUGAGAUUCCCAGCAGGUGGUUUUCAGAGACAUAAUGCCUCCGAUGGUGGAGGCAGAACACAGCCAUCCUAAGAAAAAGCAGGACAUUCCAGGAUCGAAUGAGAAACUGGGACGGCUUCUGUAAAUCUGGGAUUGUCCCUGGAAAAUAGGGACACUUGUAGGGUCUAAGUGUGUGCUGCAAAUCUCAGCUGGGGAGACAUCAAAUGAAGAUGAAAGCUGGACUGAUCAGGACAGGAAAAAGGAAGUCUUUCUUCAUGCAGCACAGAGUUAAAACGGUGGAACUCACUGCCACAGGAGGCAGGGAUGGCCACCAACCUGGAUGAGUUAAUAAUAAUAAUAAUAAUAAUUAUUAUUAUUAUUAUUAUUUAAUUUUUUUUAUUAUUUAUAUCCCACCCUCCCCAGCCGAAGCUGGGCUCAGGGCGACUAACAACAAUAAAACAGGACAACAGUACAACACAACACAACACUCUAAAAUCAUUCAUUAUAAAAUUAAGUCAAAUCAAGCCACUGGCAACCAUUGGGCCAGAGCUCCGCGAAGAUUGCCUAGGGAGGGAGUCAGGCUGUGCCCUGACCAAAGGCCUGGUGGAACAGCUCUGUCUUGCAGGCCCUGCGGAAAGAUGUCAAGUCCCGCAGGGUCCUAGUCUCUUGGGACAGAGUGUUCCACCAGAUCGGAGCUACGGCCGAAAAAGCCCUGGUUCUGGUUGAGGCCAGCCUAACCUCCCUGUGGCCUGGGAUCUUCAGGAUGUUUUUAUUUGCAGACCGUAAAUUUCUCUGUGGGGCAUACCAGGAGAGGCGGUCCCGUAGGUACGAGGGUCCUAGGCUGUAUAGGGCUUUAAAGGUUAAAACCAGCACCUUAAACCUGAUCCUGUACUCCACCGGGAGCCAGUGCAACUGGUAUAGCACCGGGUGAAUGUGAUCUCGCAGUGAGGACCCUGCAAGGAGUCUCGCCGUGGCAUUCUGCACCCGCUGGAGUUUCUGGGUCAGUCUCAAGGGCAGCCCCACGUAGAGCGAAUUACAAUAAUCCAAUACAAUAAAAGAGGAUUAGACAAGUUCGAGGAGGAGGAAAGGGAACCCACCUGCUCUCAGCAGCCAGAACAUCAUAACCAGACACUGGAGAGACCUGUCAGGAGUAAGCAUGGACCAGUGGUAUCAAAUAGUACAGUGGUACCUCGGGUUAAGAACUUAAUUCAUUCUGGAAGUCCAUUCUUAACCUGAAACUGUUCUUAACCUGAGGUACCACUUUAGCUAAUGGGGCCUCCCACUGCCGCCACGUGAUUUCUGUUCUCAUCCUGAAGCAAAGUUCUGAACCCGAGGUAUUAUUUCUGGGUUAGCGGAGUCUGUAACCUGAAGCGUCUGUAACCCGCGGUACCACUGUAUGGGAAACAGCCUUAUUAGAAAAACUAACCAACAAACUGAAACUGACACGGGGGCAAAUAGAAGAAGACGCCUUCACCCCAGUUUCGUUCCCCUUUAUCACAUACACAGCCAGCAACAAGAACCCGCCAACAGCGUCCGAAUCAAUGUGGCUAACCUGAUCCAAAAACACACACCCACCCACAAAAAAAACAAAUUUCACUACAGCCAACCAAAGACAACCAACCACACCCUAAGCCACCCCCAACCUCUCUCACCACCAAGGAAUAAUACUGUAAUAAUAAUUUAAUAAUAUUUAAUUUAAUAAUAAUAUUUAAUUUAAUAAUAAUUUAUUACUUACACCCCACCCCUCUGGCCGGGCUCCCCCAGCCACUCUGGGCGGCUCCCAACAGGAUAUUAAAAACACAAUAAAAGAAAAAACUUCCCUAAACAGGGCUGCCUUCAGAUGUCUUCUAAAAGUCUGGUACAGUGGUGCCUCGCAAGACGAAAUUAAUCCGUUCCGCGAGUGUCUUCGUCUAGCGGUUUUUUCGUCUUGCGAAGCAACCCUAUUAGCGGCUUAACGGAUUAGCGCUAUUAGCGGUUUAGCAGCUAUUAAAGACUUAAAGGCUUAGCGGAUUAGCUGCUAAAAGGCUAUUAAAGGCUUAGCGGAUUAGAUAAAGGGGGGGAAAAGCGAAAAAAAAUCUCAAGACUCGCAAGACAUUUUCGUCUUGCGAAGCAAGCCCAUAGGGAAAUUCGUCCUGCGAAGCAACUCAAAAACGGAAAACCCUUUCGUCUAGCGGGUUUUCCGUCUUGCGAGGCAUUCGUCUUGCAGGGCACCACUGUAGUUGUUUUUUUCUUUGACAUCUGGUGGGAGGGCGUUUAACAGGGCGGGUGCCACUACCAAGAAGGCCCUCUGCCUGGUUCCCUGUAGCUUUGCUUCUCGCAGUGAGGGAAGCACCAGAAGGCCCUCGGAGCUGGCCCUCAGUGUCCGGGCAGAACGAUGGGGGUGGAGACGCUCCUUCGGGUAUACAAGACCAAGGUCUUUUAGGGCUUUCAAGGUCAGCACCAACACUUUGAAUUGUGCUCAGAAACGUACUGGGAGCCAAUGUAGGUCUUUCAAGACCGGUGUUAUGUGGUCCUAGCGGCUGCUCCCAGUCGCCAGUCUGGCUGCCGCAUUCUGGAUUAAUUGCAGUUUCUGGGUCACCUUCAAAGGUAGCCCCACGUAGAGCGCAUUGCAGUAGUCCAAGCGGGAGAUAACUAGAGCAUGCACAACUCUGGCAAGACAGUCUUUGGGCAGCUAGGGUCACAUACACUAAGUAGAAUAAUAGAAGCAUUGCCACCCCACCCCACUCACCAUUCCCCCUCCCCCUCUUUCCCCCUUUUUUUCCUAACCUAACAUUGUAUGUAACACUAAAUAAUAAUUAUUAAUAAUAAUAAUAGGAGGAGGAGGAGGAGAGGGCUUUCGAAGGCUGUUAGCCAUGCUGGCUGUGCUCUGCAUCCACAAUUGGAGGCAGCAAAUGUUUCUGAAUCCCAGUUGCUGGAAACCGCAGGAGGGGAGAGGGGUCUUGUGUUCGAAUCCUGCUUGCGGGCUUCCCAUAACGGGCAUCUAGGUUGGCCAAAGUGAGAAUAGGAGGCUGGACUAGAUAGGGCCAGCUGCUGUAGCAGCUUCUCCUUUCAUGUUCUCCUCUUCUGACGUUUCAGCCUAGCAGAUAUUCCGGAAGAGGCUCCGGCUGAUCUCAAAGAGCCGACUCCUCAGGACCCGGCGGCUCCCACCCACAAAGCGGACCCGCCACCCCCUGGGGAAGCCAAGGAGGCCCCCCCUGAUUCGGCGCAGGCCCCAGCAGCGGCAGAGCAAGCGGGCCCAGCGGAUCAAGGAGAAAGGACCUUGGCCGAACCCGCUCCCUUAGCCCCAGGGGCCACAACUCAGGAUGCUGGUGAGCCCAGUAUUUCCGCAGCGCAGCCGCCGUCGGAAGGAAGCGAGACCGCAGCAACCCCUGCAGAGGUUCCGGAUACCCCAACCAGCCCGUACCUCACCCCGGACUUUGGCAAAGAGGACCCGUCCCUGAUUUUGGGUAAGGCCAUCGAGGCCUCUGGCUUUGCGGGGCCAGCAGAACGAGCCUGGUCCAGACGGAGGGAAUAGGAGUGAGGGGCAGGGGGCCAGAACAGCUCCCUUUUUUAAAAAAAGGAAGAAAUGAAAUGUAAGUUGUUCAUCCUUUAGGCCCAGGGGUCAGCAAACUUACCACGCCUCAGACCGGUGUUUCCAGCGCCGAUCGCGCGGUGGGCACUGGAGCGCAUGCCCAUACGCGUGCGCACACACGAUUUCCGGCGCACUUCUGGGUCGGAGGAGCACUGGAAAUAGCUUGUGCGCAUGUGCACGAGCCUCCCCCGACCCGGAUGUGCACCGGAAAUAAUGCUUGCGCAUGCACAAAUAAUGCUUGCGCAUUCGCAUAAGCUAUUUCCGGUGCUCCUCUGACCCGGAAGUGGGCAGCAGGGCAGUGCUGGUAAGAGUGGGUGUUGGCAGCGGGCGGUAGGGGUUGCUGCAGGCUGGAUAAACGUGUCCCUCGGGCCUUAUCCGGCCCGCGGGCCUUAGUUUGGGGACACCUGCUUUAGGCUGUGCCUGGCUUCAUCUCAGGGAGAGGGUGGGAUUUCCCCCCCCCCAGGCUGCUUCUUCAGCCUGCCAAAUGGGUGGGCCGGCCCUGGUUGUGCAAAGGGAUGCCUUUUCGGCACCGUCCCGGUUCCCUGCAGCAGACUGUUACUUGAAAACAAAGCACUUUGCACAGGUAAUGAUAUUAUUAUUAUUAUUAUUAUUAUUAUUUAUAUCUCCCCGCCCAUCUGGCUGGGUUUCCCCAGCCACUCUGGGCGGCUUCCAACAAAGUAUUCAAAUACAGUAAUCCAUCAAACAUUAAAAGCUUCCCUAAACAGGUCUGCCUUCAGAUGUCUUCUAAAAGUCUGGUAGUUGUUGUUCUCUUUGACAUCUGGUGGGAGGGCGUUCCACAGGGCGGGUGCCACUACCGAGAAGGCCCUCUGCCUGGUUCCCUAUAACUUGGCUUCUCGCAGCGAGGGAACCGCCAGAAGGCCCUCAGAGCUGGACCUCAGUGUCUGGGUGGAACAGUGGGGGUGGAGACGCUCCUUCAGGUAUGCUGGACCGAGGCUGUUUAGGAUCCAUACUAAAAUGGAUUAAAACUCGCAUCAACUGGUGGGAUGCCUCAGCUCCUUGUUUGCCCAACAUGUGGCCCUCAUUUGCUCCAGGGUUGCGCUGUUGCUGACCACCGCGGCCUCAUAGGAUCUCCUGAGCAGCUGGUGCCUUUGGCUGCGGUUUUGCUGAGCCCCAGAGCUUGAAGAUUGCAGGGCAGGAGGAAAGUUUGCCUUGUUCCCUGAUCCACCUGGCAUGCGCUCCCUCCCUCCCUCUCUGGCAUGCGGAGAAAAGCUCCUUUCCAUGAGUUAAGCAGGCUGGCAGGGCGAGGGACCGGGGCGCAUGUUGUUGAGAUCGCUCUCCCCGCUGUGACAGAUGGGACGUGUCUUGUGGCUGGGUGACCUUGCAGUGGGGUUGGGAGGGAGGGAGUGUGGGGUGUGUGCAAGGCAAAAUGUGGCAAGUGGGUGAGGUUAAGGGGCAGAGGCGGGUUGGCAGGGCAGCAAUGGAAGUGGAGGACGAUUGUGUGUUGUCUGUUGGGGAGCGAUCACCAGGUGGGUUUUGUCCUGGGCUGAGCAUUCGCUAGGCACCUGCAGUUUUCGUGUGCCAAGGGCAGGAUCUGCAGAAUCUUCCAUCUCCAAGUCAAAUGAAACAACUGAAUCUCAAGUUUCUAGUCCUUAUGAAAAGAAAUGUUCGAAGGCCCAAUGAAAGUGCAGGGGAGUUCAGGCAGACAGUGCUGUGUUGUCCACUCCUCCUUUCUUUCUCAUGGAGACCUCGGGACCUGAACCAGGAGGCCAGUGUCUCAGGGAUGGGUCAAAACAGUGAUGGGACAUGCGCAGAAGGCCGCACUCCCUGGCGUCUCCAGGAAGGCCUGGGACAACCUCUCUGUUGGAGACCCUGGAGAGCCAUUGCAAGGCAGGAUAGAUCUGAGAUGGACUGACUUCAAGCUUGCAUGAUCCGAUCAGAAGGUCGGCGGUUCGAAUCCCAGCGACGGGGUGAGCUCCUGUUGCUCGGUCCCUGCUCCUGCCAACCUAGCAGUUCGAAAGCACGUCAAAGUGCACGUAGAUAAAUAGGUACCGCUCCGGUGGGAAGGUAAACGGCGCUUCCGUGCGCUGCUCUGGUUCGCCAGAAGCAGCUUAGUCAUGCUGGCCACAUGACCUGGAAGCUGUACGCCGGCUUCCUCGGCCAAUAAAGCGAGAUGAGCGCUGCAACCCCAGAGUCAGCCACGACUGGACCUAAUGGUCAGAGGUCCCUUUACCUUUACCUUUAGCUAGAACUUCUGAGCUCCACCAGUAAGUGCAAAAUAUUGCCUUUGAACUGAUAACAGACAGACACCCAGGAUAAAGGAGCAGCGUGCAUCCAAGCACAUUUUCAGCCCAGGAAUUAGUUUGCGGCACUAGAACUGAACCCUCAGUCCUUUCUCACACAAAAUUAAUUCCUAAUUUGCCCCCAGAGUUUCUUUGCUUUGGCAGGGGAGGGCAGGCAGCUGUGAGGGAUGCUGUUGCUGUUGUUUAACAACCUGGGAAAUGAAGAUUGACGGUUGGUUAGUACAGCAUUCUGCACUUUGGGGUCCCGAGAUGUUGUUGGACUACAAGUCCCAUAGUCCCUGGCCAUUUGCCGAAUUGGCUGGAGAUGAUGGGAGUUGUAGUCCCACAAUGUCUGAGGACCCAAGGUUGGAGAACGUAGAUCUAGUAUGAUGCAGAUAUUGACCAGUAAAUCCCAACCUACCUUCUGCCCAUGCCUGGUGGAGAUAAUAUUGAACUAAGUGGGCCAGGGGCAGGGCCAGAUUUAGGUUUGAUGAGGCCCUCAGCUACUGAAGGUAAUGGGGCCCUUUAUAUGUCCAGCUGUGCUUUGCCAACAACAAAUUGUCGCUGGUUUUUUUGUGUUGAAUAUAUGUUCUAUGGUAAUUUAUGGGCCUAAUAGGUAUCUAAAGCCAUUUACACAUAACAGAAUAUGUAUUUUAUCAAAGUAACUGUUGAACUGAAAUACAAUUAAGAAGAAGUAUAUUAAUAGUGAAAUAAUUAUGAAGCUUAACAUAAAAUGAUUGGGGGCCCAUUACUUACAUCAUAGGAGCCUACACAACACAAAACACUGUUGCUGUAUGUAGGUUUUUUUUGUUUUGUUUUUUAUCUUUUAUUUUGGAAAUGUACAUCCAGGUUUUUUUUCUUUAAAUUUUUUGGGGGCCAAGGGAGUGCGGCCCUAAGCUAUAGCUUGUUUAGCUUAUACGUAAAUCCAGCACUGGGGACACGGGUGGCGCUGUGGGUUAAACCACAGAGCCUAGGACUUGCCGAUCAGAAGGUCGGCGGUUCGAAUCCCCAUGAUGGGCUGAGCUCCCGUUGCUCAAUCCCUGCUCCUGCCAACCUAGCAGUUCGAAAGCACGUCAAAGUGCAAGUAGAUAAAUAGGUACCACUCUGGCGGGAAGGUAAACGGCGUUUCCGUGUGCUGCUCUGGUUUGUCAGAAGCGGCUUAGUCAUGGUGGCCACAUGACCCGGAAGCUGUACUAGGCCCCUAGGCCAAUAAAGCGAGAUGAGCGCCGCAACCCCAGAGUCGGCCAUGACUGGACCUAAUGGUCAGGGGUCCCUUUACCUUUACCUUUAAGUAUAUAAGAGCCUGCUGGGCCAGACUGAUGCACCAAUGCCCAUCAUGGGGAUUCGAACCGCUGACCUUCUGAUAGGCAAAUCCUAGGCUCUGUGGUUUAACCCACAGCGCCACCCGUGUCCCCUCUUAUAUUCUUACUCCCAGCCUAAACACUGGAAAUAGAAUGAUUUUUCUCAGUUUCUGUGCGAUUCCAGCCGACCUUCCCCAGAGAGAUCUCUUUUUCCUCAUUGCCUAAUGAGCCGAAUCUUGCAAUCCUUUUUUCCUGCAUGGUUACCAUCCAUGCAUUGGCAUAUGAAUGUGUCUAAAUACUAAACGAGGUGCCCUGUCUGUAGCACAGCUUCCAGCGUUUUUAGGAACAUACGAAUCUGCCUUCUACUGAGCCAGACCUCCACUCCCAUCGUUCCGCCUGGACACUGAGGUCCAGCGCCGAGGGCCUUCUGGCAGUUCCCUCCCUGCGAGAAGCCAAGUUACAGGGAACCAGGCAGAGGGCCUUCUCGGUAGUGGCACCCGCCCUGUGGAACGCCCUCCCACCAGAUGUCAAAGAGAAGAACUACCAGACUUUUAGAAGACAUCUGAAGGCAGCCCUGUUUAGGGAAGCUUUUAAUGUUUAAUAGGUUAUUGUAUUUCAACAUUCUGUUGGAAGCAGCCCAGAGUGGCUGGGGAAACCCAGCCAGAUGGGCGGGGUAUAAAUAUUAUUAUUAUUAUUAUUAUUAUUAUUAUUAGUCCAGGCAGCUCAGUGCUAUCUACAAUGAGUCACCGUGGUUCCCCAGGGUUUCAUAUAGGGGACCACCCCUCCACCAACAGCCCUGCCGGGAGAUGCCAGUGAUUGAACCCAAAAUCUCCUGCAAGAAAUGUGGUCCCUCUGCGACUGAGCUUCAGGCGUUCUCCCUGAUGAGCACCUGAAUUCAUAGAAUUGUAGAGUUGGGAUCCCCAGGGGUCAUCUAGUCCAACCCCCCUACAAUGCAGAAAUGUCAGCUAACGCCCCCAGGGCAGAUGAUCACCCAACCUCUGCUUAAAGCAGGCAUAGGCAAACUCGGCCCUCCAGAUGUUUUGAGACUACAAUUCCCAUCAUCCCUGACCGCUGGUCCUGUUAGCUAGGGAUGAUGGGAGUUGUAGUCCCAAAACAUCUGGAGGGCCGAGUUUGCCUAUGCCUGGCUUAAAGACCUCCGAGGAAGGAGAGUCCACAACCUGCAGCCCAGCUCAAGCUAAGCAGCAUCUUGAGGAAGGGAGCAGUUUCGAUUGGGAAAACAGCUAAGACCUUGGGUUGCACCCGUGGCCAAGAUGGUUUUGGCCCCAGCCUGGAUACGUCUUGGAGCAAAGAUGAAACCCCUUUAAAGCCCUUCACGGCCUAGGACCCUCAUACCUACGGGACCGCUUCUCCCGGUAUGCCCCGCGGAGGACCUUAAGGUCCAUAAAUAGUAGCACCCUAAAGGUCCCGGGCCCUAAGGAAGUCAGAUUAGCCUCAACCAGAGCCAGGGCCUUUUCUACACUGGCUCCUGCCUGGUGGAACGCUCUGUCUCAUGAGACCAGGGCCCUGCAGGAUCUGAUUUCUUUCCGCAGGGCCUGUAAGACAGAGUUGUUCUGCCUGGCCUUUGGCUUGGAAUCAACUUGAUCCCCUCCCCCUCUUUCCUUUUUUCCUUUCUUCUUCUGUGAUGGAACUCCUAUCUGGGGACUUCCCUGGCUUUUUUCUGGCCCACGUAGGACCAGUCUGGAUAGCUGGCCUUGGUGAAGACUUGACGUUUUCAUCCCCAAAAAGUUUUUGAUUCAGUUCCACUGAAAUGAGGCUGCAUUUUAAUCUUGUUUUUAAGUUGUAUUUUAAUCAAUUGUUUUUUACCUGGUGUUAGCCGCCCUGAGUCUUGGUUGGGGAGGGCGGGGUAUAAAUAAAAUUUAUUAUUAUUAUUAUUAUUAUUAUUAUUAUUAUUAUUAUUAUUGCUAGUCGGCAAGGCGCCAUCCCUCAUGCUGCUGCCCAGAUGCACCAUCCCCAUUUCGCCAGUAGGGGUCGCCCUCUGCACAUGCCUUGGGGAAGCACUGCUGCGUACAGAAUUGUCACCAUCAGCUGUGAAUCCUGGCCAUGGCAAUUUCCAUCGGUGGCUGGACUGCGUUUCUCCCCCAGGUGCACAAGCCUGGCCAGGGUGUGUGGAGGUCCUGGGCUGCCCAGAGGACAAGAUCCGCUCCCCCUCUCAGCCCCACCAAUGUUGCCCUAAGCAAAGCAGAGCAAGAUGUUUGGCUGCAGGAGUUGCAGGAAGGACCAGCCAUGCAGCCUGUGGAUUUGUGUAGAGUUUCCUUAACCUUUCUUUCUUCCGAAAAUGUCCCACAAGGCAGCGGGUACAGAUUUUCCUUGGGGCUUACUUUCAUUUAAAAAUUUUUUUUUUUUUUGGUUUUACAAAUUUAUUCACAUUCAAAAUCACAAAUGAAAAAAAUUACAAGAAGAUUCUUCCGUAUCUUUAGACUUCCCUCCUCCCCUCCAUGGGUUCUUUAGUUAACUUUUUCAACUGCAUAUUGUAAAUCACUCUGGCUUUUCAGUUCUCCGUUGUGUCCAAAGUCUAUGUAACAUUACAAGAAACAAACAAACAAAUUCCUUCCUAUAGCACCUGGACGAAAAUAAGUUUGUUAUUGGUAUGAGCUUUUGUGCGCAUGCACAUAUUACAAGAGUUAUUUCAAACCUGCUAAAGAGUUCAAAUGUUGUCUCUCAAGUAUAAUAUAAAUUUCCCUAUUCUUUAUUGAAGUUUUGAUCCUUUUGGUUUCUAAUUUUCCUGCUCAUUCUUGCCAUCUCUGCAUACUCCAACAGCUUAGUACAUAGUACAGUUCCUAACAAAAAGGCUUCUCUUUUUUGUACUUUCAAAGCCUUUCUCAUGAAUGAGUAUAGCCACAAGGCAGCUAUAUUACAGGAUAGUGGAUCUUAUAGCAUAGUAUAUGAGCCUGUUCUACUGAUGAAGCCUAGGAUGGCAAAACAAGGCUAAUAUUCCGGAAAUCCUUGUCUUAGACUCCAUGAAAGGAUUCUGUGGAACUGUAACAACUCUUCAUGUAGAUUAUUGGACUCUUUGAACAGACAGGUGGAAUAGACACUUAUACAUGUAUGGACCUUAUGCAUGAACUGACUAGAGAAUGAACUGAUCGACUGGGAUUUUUUCUGUUGAACUUUAUGAGACUUCCAUUGAAAUCUACAUUUUUUUUUCCGCUCUCUAAAUUUUUUAUUAAAGUUUUAAACAACAAAGAAAGAAAAGAAAAACAUACACAAUACAUAUAACAAAAGCACAAAAAAAGGAAAAAAAAGCAAGAUUCAACAAUAAAAGUACAAAAAAUAAAACAAUUAAAAACAAUAUCUCUUUUCCAUUUCCGUUUUUUAGUUACUUAUUUUCUGGACUUCCUCAUACCUCCCUCUUUUGUAUUCCAAAUCCAAAUUAUUUGUCCAGCAGUUUCUUUUCCACUUUUUUAAUCCCAAUCUUUAACUUUAAUAAAAUAUUGAAAUAUAUAACUUCAAUUUUUUAAACCUGAUCUUUAGUCUUAGUAUCAUAUAACGUUAAAAUUUUCCCUCUUAAUGUCAAAUUUCCAUUUCUUUAAACAUCUUUAAUCCUAAUCUUUAAUCUUAGUCUAUCAUUAACUUUAACCUGUACAGCACGAAACCGCUUAUUUUCAGUCCAACAUCACUCUAACAUUCUUUAAUUUUGCAAUGUUUCUGAAGAUAGUCUUUAAAUUUCUUCCAAUCUUCCUCCAUCGACUCUUCUCCCUGGUCACGGAUUCUACCAGUCAUUUCCGCCAAUUCCAUAUAGUCCAUAAGUUUCAUCUGCCAUUCCUCCAGCGUAGGAAGUUCUUGUGUCUUCCAAUACUUUGCGAUAAGUAUUCUUGCUGCUGAUGCUGCAAACAUAAAGAAAGUUCUAUCCUUUUUUAACACCAUUUGGCCGACUAUGCCCAGGAGAAAGGCCUCUGGUUUCUUAGGGAAGGUAUACUUAAAUACCUUUUUUAAUUCAUUAUAUAUCAUUUCCCUCUAUCAAAUUGUAGAUUUCAAAUGAAAUGGGAAAUGAAAUCUACAAUUUGAUAGAGUGAAUAGUAUACCUUAUUUAUUCAAAAGUACAGCCGGUUACGUCUUGUGUGUUUUUUGAGACAGCUUCUAGGAGCCAUGGAGGAGAGCUGGCUGCAGGGCGGGAGCCCCAGGUGGAUGAAUGAAUUAGCCCAGUGGUUUUUCUUUUGUUUUAACCCCUGCCUCUCUCUUCCAGAUGACACUCCCCCUCCACCUGCUCCCUUCACCCAUCGCAUUGUCCAGCUGAGAACGGCGGAGUUCAAAGACACCUACAGCAUCAACACCAAGGAGAUGCUGGGAGGGUGAGGCCUGGCGGCAGGGGGGUGGGAGGAAGAGGGUGCCAAAUCGUUCGCUCUUCCAGUGACAUAAUUGUGGGAAUGCUCAGGGUGGCAGGAGAGGAUAUUUUGUUUGUUAAUAUCCUUCCUAACUUGCGCUAGCAAGUUCUAUUCCUUAGCAGAGUUUUACAGUUCCCCUUUUAAACGCACAGCAGAUAGCUGGUUGCAGGUUUGUGUAAGCCUCUCAUUAUUAAGUUCCUGGUAAGUUCCCUUAAAGGUAAAGGGACCCCUGACCAUUAGGUCCAGUCGUGGCCGACUCUGGGGUUGCAGCGCUCAUCUCGCUUUAUUGGCCGAAGGAGCCGGCGUACAGCUUCCGGGUCACGUGGCCAGCAUGACUAAGUCGCUUCUGGCGAACCAGAGCAGUGCACGGAAACGCCAGAGCGGUACCUAUUUAUCUAUUUGCACUUCAUGCUUUUGAACCGCUAGGUUGGCAGGAGCAGGGACCGAGCAACGGGAGCUCAUCCCGUCGCGGGGAUUCGAACUGCCAACCUUCUGAGCAGCAAGCCCUAGGCUCUGUGGUUUAGACCACAGUGCUACCCGCGUCCCAUUAAGUUCCCUUAUGUCCCUCUUAAAAGAAUAAACAUGCCACAAUCUUGUUUAAAGUACAGUGGAUGCUCAGGUUGCGAACAUGAUCUGUGCGGGAUGCACGUUCACAACCCGCAGCAUUUGCAACCCGCAUCUGCAUGUCUGCGCAUGCGCGGGUUGCAAUCCGGCGCUUCUGCGCAUGCACAAAGUGCAAUUUAGCGCUUCUGUGCAUGUGCAACCGCUGAAACCUGGAAGUAAGCUGUCUCCGGUACUUCCAGGUUUCGGCGGUCCACAACCCGAAAAACGCAACCUGAAGCAGCUGUAACCCGAGGUAUGACUGUAUAUAAAAUAAGUUUACUCACAUCAUCAGUUCAAAGUUGGAUCCCUGAAGGCAGACUUAGUUACAAAGUACAUACAUGUGGAUCUGUGAGAUGCUCCAACAAUGGAGGGAGCCAAAGAGAGAGGUGGUGCUGUGUGCUUUGUCCCUUUUGUUACCUGGGCAGGUAAGGUCACGCCCACCUCUAGUCACAUGCAAAGGAAGGAUGUCCCAGGCUAGGAGGAAGCAGGAAGUUUUCGACUGGCUGGACCAAACAUUCCCCUGCAUGUCCACUCUAGGAAAACAAGGAAUGUCGUACUUGACUGCUACUUAUGUAUCGCAUCCCACAAUAAUUGUGACUGUUUCCAAUUUCCUGAUGGUUUUCUGCGAUAUGGAUAUUAUUUUUGAAAUAAUACACGUAAAAGAAAAUACAGCAGCCGUGGUUAAGAUUGGCAUUUGUAAAUGAAAGAGAGAAUGCUACAAUGUUUUAUAAAGUGCAGAAUAUUGAAGAAAACACACCCACCCAGCUGCAAGCCAAACCCUCUCCAGCAAUCACUAAGCAACAGACCAAUAAAGUAUUGCCUUAAAGCAGGGGUAGGCAACCUAAGGCCCAGGGGCCGGAUCCGCCCCAAUCGCCUUCUUAAUCCGGCCUGUGGACAGUCCGGGAAUCAGCAUGUUUUGACAUGAGUAGAAUGUGUCCUUUUAUUUAAAAUGCAUCUCUGGGUUAUUUGUGGGGCAUAGGAAUUCGUUCAUAUUUUUUUCUUCUUCAAAAUAUAGUCCAGCCCACCACAUGGUCUGAGGCACGGUGGACCAGCCCAGGGCUGAAAAAGGUUGCUGACCCCUGCCUUAAAGGAACACUUAGCUCAGUUGGUUAGAGCAGUGUGUUGAUAAUGCCAAGGUUGCAGGUUCGAUCCCUGUAUCCCUAUAUUCCUGCAUUGCAGAGGGUUGGACUAGAUGAUCCUUGGGUCCCUUUCAAUUCUAUCAUUCACAACACCAUCAAAUCUAGAAGUCCGGUCAUUCAUCAUUCAGAUCUAGAAAUCCCCAUUACUUUCUCAUGCAUGCCCUCUAGGGUUGGGGCAACUCGCUGAAAUGUUUUAAACAGUUCUAAAUUUGAUUUCUCUGUUUUGUUUUUGUUGGGCUGAUGUUGAUUAAAUGUUUAGUUGGGUUUGGUGGUUAUUAUAAUUUGGGUAUAACUGUAAACUGUUUAUUAUUGUUAUUAUUGUUGUUGGUUUCUACUGAUUUAUUGGUUUGUUUGUUGCUCGUACAGGAUAUUUUGUUUCUUAAUGUUUGAUGCGUUAUGUUUUUAUAUGUGUUGCAAGUUGCCCAGAGCGGCUGGGGAAACCCAGCAAGAUGGGCGGUAUAUAAAUUAAAAUAUUAUUAUUAUUAUUAUUAUUAUUAUUAUUAGAAAGAACUGUAAUGAGAGGUUUGUUGUUACCAAGCCAUCAUUGCACACAGUGCGUGAAAGGCAAAAGCGUCUUUGCCCCAAGGAGUUUACAAUCCAGAAAGAUAAUUGGUGGUGGUGGUGAAACAGAAAGGGGAAAGUGAGGGUGAGGAGGAAGGGAUAAACGUCAUCCAUUCUUGCAGUUGGGAAUGAGGCUUCAUGGGAAAAGUGAGCUUUUUAGUGCUUUGGAGGAACUUUGGAAAGAAUUCAUAAUUCUCAGGGCCUGCCUUUCUCUUUCCCUCCACAGGGGGAAGUUUGGAGAAGUCCGUACGUGUGCAGUGAAGGAGACGGGCCUCAAGCUGGCCGUGAAAAUUAUUAAGAAGCAGGGGCCGAAAGACAGGGUAGGUGCCCUCUGGUGUGCUGCAACAUGUAGCAAUGCACGCAACACCUUUUCUGCGCCGGUCUUUGUGCUGGGUUUUCCUGCACGGCUGCCCUGCUAAGUUUAGUUCAGGUUUGUGAAACUCAUUCAUCAAUUCGUCCGGCCGAAAUGAGGACCAAAGCGACGGACGUGCAAAAUAACGUAAGAACAGUGCAAAUUUACUAAAAGGUGUUUUGUCAGCGCUUGUGCAACAGAGCCUCCCCUACUCCUCCUCACGCCCUGGGCAUUUCCCAAACCUGCUGGGCCUGGAGGUUAACCCGAGCAACGCGGUCCAGGUCCGGUCCCGAAUCCAAGGUUUCCACGAGGAGUCAGUCCAACAGGGCCAAGGCAGGAAACCAGGCUAGGUCAGGCACAGGGUCCCAGGCAGGUUCUAGCAAACAGCAAUGUUGCUCCCGCAACCUGGGGCAGGGUCCGACAGCCUUUUAUCUUUGUCGGGGUAGCGGCCGGUCCUGAUCCCCCGGCGACUCACCUCCCUGUUUCGCCCUAAGGCGAGCACUCCUCCUGCGAGUACUCAGGUCUCUCCUUCUCUCAGACCUCAGUCUCUGCAGCUCUGGAGACGUCGGUGGGUUAAAGACCCAGAGGCAGCCUCAGCCUCCCCUGACCCAACCGGUAGUGGAGCAGCGGUAAGUGAUGGCUCAGCUGAAGGCAACGAGGUUGAAAUAAUAUACUCGGAGUUGAGAGUGGAUUUCAUGCUCUUUAUUCAGCUCAUAGUGGUGAGGAGGAAUGGAAGUUCCCCCAGAAUGUCUGCUUUAUAUACGUUAUUUACACAAUGGGCCUCACGUGAUUGGCUAAUUCCGGGAUUCACCUGUAGGCCAAUCAGGUUGUGGAUUCACUUCCACCUGGAGCUGGAUUGGGUGGCUCCUGUGGACCAAUCAGACUGCUGCAUUCUGGAUCCUAUUGGUCUAGGACCAAUCAGACUGCUGCAUUCUGAAUCCUAUUGCUCUAGGACCAAUCAGACUGCUGCCUUUUGGAUCCUAUUCAACUCAGAACAUAACAGAGGUCAUCCCCGCAUCUGGAGCCAGGGCAGGCUCAGGCCCCGGACUCAGCCCAGCUGGUGCAGGGGAACCUGUGCAGACUGGGACUCUUCAGGAUCAGGCCCCAGACUUGGCUCAGCUGCUGCCUGAGGCAGAGGAUCUGGUGCGGACUGAGACUCCUCUGGUUCUGAGUCCGAGUCCCAGGUCAUCACAUCGGGAGGGUUGGGGGAACCCCUAGAAAAGGUUUGGGGGGAAGAGAGGGGAAACUCUGUUGUGCAAGAAUAAAUCCUUGCACUGACAGGGCAUGUUAGUUGGAUAGCACCCAUGGUCUGCGCAUAGGUGGCAGCAUGGCAGAAGCGUCUCUCCUGAAGCCCACCCUUUGCCAACCUGGUGCCCUUCCUAGUUUUUGUACUGAAACGCCUGUCAGUCUCAGCUGGUGGAAGCUGUCGUUCAAAACUAUGACAUUGGCGGGGGCUGAUGGGAGUUGUGGUUCAAAAUGCCUGGAGGGUACCAGCCUGGCAAAGGCUCCCACAGCCAGCCUCCCUUCCACGCUGACCAGUUUUUGCCCCUCUAGGAGGCGGCCGAGGUGGAAAUCGACGUGAUGAAUCAGCUGAACCACAGGAACUUGAUCCAGCUAUACGACGCCAUCGAGACUCCGAAGGACAUCAUGCUCUUCAUGGAGUUGUGAGUCAUGGAGUUGCGAGGCAGGCUCUCGGUCCUCGGGCAAUCGCUGCGCUCAGGCCCGCAGUUUGAAAAGACACGACACACGAGGAAAAAUGAAUGCGGAGGGAGGAGGAGAAAAGCAAGCUCUGGCACAAGUUUAGCUGAAACAGCAUUGAUUCAUUCAAAUGAGAACAUUUGUUUCUUUCUUUUUUCCAAAUUUUUUUUAUUAAAUUUUCCACAAUUAUAACAAAUAUAACAUAAAAAGAAGAAAAAACCAUACCAAAAAACAAUACAGUACUGAAAAAGCAAAAGCAAAACAACAAUUUAGUCCCAUAUCCCUUAAAAACCCAAUUUUAUUUACAUUGUUAAUGGACUUCCCCAGAUCCCUCCCUUCUGAAUUUCAUUGUGUCUGUAUGUAACAGCUUUCCAAUAUCAUUCUUAAACUAAAAAUAUUUCCAGCAAUUAACUAUCUUAUUGUUCUUAAUCCAAUUUACUUAAUUAAAUCCUAAAUUAAUCCUAGGCCUAUUUGGCGCUUUCAAGUGACUUCUAAUUAUUUAUAUUACAAUAUUUAUUCAAAUAGUCCUUAAAUUUCUUCCAAUCUUCUUGAUAUUCCUCUUCUUUCUGGUCGCGGAUUCUUCCAGUCAGGACAUUUGUUUCAUUGGGGUGGUGACCAGCCUAAAUGGGACCUAAAUGUGGGAGGAUAUGGGAUGGCCUUUUGAUGAUGUCACAUGGAUGCUGGGAAAAUCCCACAUGCAUGAGUAGCACCCAGAAUGCACUGCCCUGAGCAUAGCUGUCAAGCGUCCCUUAUCUGGCGGGACAGUCCCUUAUCCCAGCGCCAUGUCUCGCUGCUGUCCCUUAUUGAUGAUGUCCCUUAAAUAAGCUACUGAAGGUAAUGAGGUCCUUUCUAUGUCCAGCUGUCCUUUGUCAACAACAAAUUGUUGCUGAUUUUUUUGUGUUGAAUAUAUGCUAUAUGGUAAUUUAUGGACCUAAUAGGUAUCUCAAGCCAUUUGCACGCAACAAAAUAGGUAUUUUAUCAAAGUAAUUGUUGAUCCCUUAUUUUGGCUGCUGAUCCCUUAUUUUUGAGGCUUCUUGUCCCUUAUUUUCAAAUCUGUAAGUUGACAGCUAUGGCCCUGAGGGGUUUGGGGUUCACCUGAUGGUCUAAGGCAGCCCCUGUCCUGCGUUGCAGCGUGGAGGGCGGUGAGCUCUUUGAGCGGAUCAUCGACGAGGAUUACCAGCUGACGGAGGUGGACUGCAUGGUCUUUGUGCGUCAGAUCUGUGACGGGAUCCUCUUCAUGCACCACAUGAGUGUUCUCCACCUGGACCUCAAGGUAGGAGAACAUCUCUGCCCUCCCUCAAGAAGGAGGAGGAGGAGGAGGAGGAGGGGCAAAGCUAUUGUGGGGCACAAGACCUUUGGGGCCAAACCAGCAGUUCCCGGACACUGCUUCCAUAAAUGCAUCUGCAGUAGCUCCGACGCGACCUUAUAAAAAGCAUCACUCUCAGUAGAAGUUUGCAUAACCCACUAAGGAAGAUAAAAUUCAGAAGUGCAGCAAUUAAUGGCACGCUUAUUCAAAUGCCAAUGAAAACCUAUUUAGUUGAAUUCAGCAAAAUGGAUAUAUCUGAUCCAGUGAUACCAACUUUUCAGAGUCAGAUGGGGUAUAAAUUAUUUUUUUACCGUAUUUUUCGCUGUAUAAGACGCACCAGACCACAAGACGUACCUAGUUUUUGGAGGAGGAAAACAAGAAAAAAAUAUUCUGAAUCUCAGAAGCCAGAACAGCAAAGGGAGCGCUGCGCAGUGAAAGCAGCAAUCCCUCUUGCUGUUCUGGCUUCUGGGAUAGCUGCGCAGCCUGCAUUUGCUCCAUAAGACGCACACACAUUUCCCCUUACUUUUUAGGAGGGAAAAAGUGAGUCUUAUGGAGCAAAAAAUACGGCAAUUAUACACUCCCUGCUGCCUCCUUGCCUCUUAGCGGCCCCCGCACCAUGUAAUCCCACUGCCACCCAGGGGCUCCUACUACCAACUUUGGUAAGGUAAAGGUAAAGGACCCCUGACUGUUAGGUCCAGUCGUGGAUGACUCUGGGGUUGCGGCGCUCAUCUUGCUUUACUGGCCGAGGGAGCCGGCGUACAGCUUCCGGAUCAUGUGGCCAGCAGGACUAAGCCGCUUCUGGCGAACCAGAGCAGCGCACGGAAAUGCCGUUUACCUUCCCGCCGGAGCGGUACCUAUUUAUCUACUUGCACUUUGACGUGCUUUCGAACUGCUAGGUUGGCAGGAGCAGGGACCGAACAACGGGAGCUCACCCCGUUGCGGGGAUUCGAACCGCUGACCUUCUGAUUGGCAAGCCCUAGGCUCUGUGGUUUAACCCACAGCACCACCUGCGUCCCUACCAACUUUGGUAACCACUGCGAAAAAAAGAGAUGGGCAUCAAACAGCCGUGGGUCUGCCCAGUUCCUCUGCUGCGCCAGACACAAGAUAUCUAGUUGCUCUCCGUGGGGCAGAGAGACCUUCCUGCCAUCUUCCCCAAACCUUUCCAGAUUUCAAGGGGAUCAUUUGCAGGUUCCCCACAAAGUCACUAACCGGAGGUGGUGUUUUGGGGUGGGGGGUGUUCUCUUUUCUCUCCCUCCACAGCCGGAGAACAUCUUGUGUGUGACCUCGACCGGCCACAUGGUGAAGAUAAUUGAUUUUGGACUCGCUCGAAGGUAAUGCCCAGAGCAGAGGUCAGCAAACUUACCGUGCCUCGGGCCGGGGUCUCCAGCGCCGAUCGCGCGGGGGGCAGGAGGGCAAGGGAGCGCAUGCCCAUACGCGUGCGCACACGCUAUUUCCGGCGCACUUCUGGGUCGGAGGAGCACCGGAAAUAGCUUGUGCGCAUGUGCAGGGGCCUCCUCCGACCCGGAUGUGCACCGGAAAUAACGCUUGCGCAUGUGCAAAUAAUGCUUGAGCGUGCACAAAUAACGCUUGCACAUGUGCUAAUAACGCUCGUGCAUGCGCAAAUAGUGCUUGCGCAUGCGCACAUAAUGCCUGCGCAUUCGACAUAAUUCUUGCGGCAUGUGCACAAGCUAUUUCCGGUGCUCCUCUGACACGGAAGUGGGCAGCUGCGCAGCGCAGUGCCGGUAAGAGCGUGCGACGGCAGUGGGCGGCAGGGGUCGCCGCAGGCUGGAUAAACGAGUCCCUCAGGCCUUAUCCGGCCCACAGGCCUUAGUUUGGGGACCCGUGGCGCAGAGCAUCGCCAGCCUGCACCAGCCCCCUCUCCCCUUUCCACACUCCUGACCCUGCUGUGUGCCUCUUCUGGGCACCGGGCGAGGGGAGGGCACAGGACAAAGUCCUUUCCGAAGGGAGCAGGAUCCUGGUGCUAGAUUCUUCUCUCUCUCUCUCUCACCUUCCCAGAUACAACCCCAGAGAGAAGCUGAAAGUGAACUUUGGCACCCCCGAGUUCCUGUCUCCGGAGGUGGUGAGCUACGAACAAGUCUCCUACACAACGGAUAUGUGGAGCAUGGGGGUGAUCACCUACAUGCUGUGAGUUGAGGGGAAGGGUUGCCUUUGGAAUCAGGCACUUUGAUAAUAAUAAUAAUUUAUUAUUUGUACCCUGCCCAUCUGGCUGGGUUUCUCCAGCCACUCUGGGUGGCUCACAAUAGAAUAUUAAAAACAUGAUACGACAUCAAACAUUAAAAACUUCCCUGAACAGGGCUGCCUUCAGAUGUCUUCUAAAAGUCAGGUAACAGUAGUACCUCGUUUGAGUCCGCCCCGUUUAGUGUCCAUUUCGUGGAACGUCAACAGCAAACCCGGAAGUACAGUGGUACCUCGGGUUACAUACGCUUCAGGUUACAGACUCCGCUAACCCUGAAAUAGUACCUCAGGUUAAGAACUUUGUUUCAGGAUGAGAACUGAAAUCGUGUGGUGGCGGCAGUGGGAAGCCCAUUAGUUAAAGUGGAACCUCAGGUUAAGAACAGUUUCAGGUUAAGAACGGACCUCCAGAACGAAAAGUUCUUAACCCGAGGUACCACUGUACCGGAACAGGUUACUUCCGGGUUUGCUGCUCGCGCACGUGCAAAAGCGCAAAACCGCUCAAGCAUGUGCGCAGAGCGGCACUUUGUCAAGCAUCUGGGGCUCCGGAAUGGAUCCCAGACUCAAAACGAGGUACCACUGUAGUCGUUUAUUUCCUUGACACCUCAUGGGAGGGCAUUCCACAGGGUGGGUGCCACCACUGAGAAGGCCCUCUGCCUGGUUCCCUGUAACUUGGCUUCUCUCCGUGAGGGAACCGCCAGAAGGCCCUCGGAGCUGGACCUCAAUGUCCGGGCAGAACAAUAGGGGUGGAGGCGCUCCUUCAGAUAUACUGGACCGAGGCUGUUUAGGGCUUUAAAGGUCAGCACCAACACUUUGAAUUGUGCUUGGAAACGUAGCGGGAGCCAAUGUAGGUCUUUCAGGACUGGUGUUAUGUGGUCCCGGCGGCCAGUCCCAGUCACCAGUCUAGCUGCUGCAUUUGUCAUUUAUUUUAUUUAUUAAAUUUGCAUACCCUCAUUCAUCUGGAGAUCAGAGGGCAGUUCACAAACAUAAAAGCACCAAAUGAGAAAACAAAAAUACAGUGGUACCUUGGGUUACAUAUGCCUCAGGUUACAUACGCUUCAGGUUACAGACUCCGCUAACCCAGAAAUAGUACCUCGGGUUAAGAACUUUGCUUCAGGAUGAGAACAGAAAUUGUGCUCCGGCGGCGCAGCAGCAGCAGGAGGCCCCAUUAGCUAAAGUGGUGCUUCAGGUUAAGAACAGUUUCAGGUUAAGAACGGACCUCCGGAACGAAUUAAGUACUUAACCUGAGGUACCACUGUACAUAAUAAAACAAAGAGGCAGAAGGGAGGGACCCUGAGGGUCAUCUAGCCCAACCCCAUGCAAUGCAGGAAUCAAAGCGUCACUGACAGUCGGCCCUCCAAACUUUGCUCAGAAACCUCCAAGGCAGGAGAUUCCACAACCUCCUCUGCCAAACAGCUCUUGCUGUCAGAAAGUUCUUCCCGAUGUUUAGUUGGAAUCUCCCUUCUUGUACAGUUAUACCUCUUGUUACGUUUGCUUCUGGUUGAGCAUUUUCAGGUUGCGUCCCAUGGUGACCCGGAAGUAACAGAACGGGUUCCUUCCGGGUUUUGUCGCUCGCGCAUGUGCAGAUGCGCAAAAUGACGCCACAUGCAUGCGCAGAAGCGGCGAAUCGCGACCCACGGAGACGCGGGUUGCGUUCUUUUCAGGUUGCGAACGGGCCUCCAGAGUGGAUCCCGUUCGCAACCAGAGGUGCCGCUGUAAUUUGAAUCUGUCGGUUGCGGUCCUGACCUCUGGGGCAGCAGCAGCAAUGUAUUUGGCAGAAACAGAACUGCAGCAGAACACCCACGGCGUCGAUUGCGGUGGGCAGAGAUUGGAAGGGAAAUGGGCCCAGCGAGCCGAUUUUUUGUGCUCUGACGUAGCCACAGCGUGUUCUGGAGCAGCCAGGCUCCUGGCCCCGGAGUCGCUUGCAUUUGCCAAAUUUCUGAGCCCCAGGAGAGUUUUCCUUCACUAACGAGCCUUGAUUGACGCUCUCUCCUCGUUUCCCCACCCUGUUCUCAGGCUGAGCGGACUCUCCCCUUUCCUGGGCGACAACGACACGGAAACCCUCAACAACGUCCUGGCAGCCAACUGGUAUUUUGAUGAGGAAGCUUUUGAGGGCAUCUCCGAAGAAGCCAAGGACUUUGUCUCCAACUUGAUUAUCAAGAACAAAAGGUCUGGGACCAUUUGGGGCAAAAGGGGGGGAAGCUUUGCUCUUUUCUGUGUGGGAACCGAUUAACCUCCAGGUCAGCCAGAGAGCAAAUGGAGAGGCACCGCACCCUUUAACAUUUUCUAGCUGGAGGGAGACCAGUAGAAAAUUGCACAGGCUCUUUAGAAUCAUGGAACCAGAGAGCUGGAAGGGACCACAGGGGUCAUCUAGUCCAACCCCCUUUUCGCCCAGUGUGAGACUUGAACCCACAACCCUGAGAGUCUCAUGCUCCACCAACUGAGCUAUCCCGUUUGAAGAAGCGAAUCUUGCUUCUGCUGUGAUGACAGAGGACGUUUCUGGAAAAGAGGGGAGGCGAUAGAGGUUUCUAAAAGGAAGCAGUGCGCUGAGAAAGGGGAUAGAGAGACUUUUUCUCUCGCUCACAUGACACUAGAAGUUGUGGACAUCCAUAAGGACCUAAAAAGAGCUGGUUGCUGGAUCAGGCCCAUGGCUUUUUUAAAAAAAUUACAUUUUUAUUGAUUUUUUAAUAUAUCUGUUCCAACAGUCAUACAACAUAACUGCUCAUCUUAUACAAUAUUUUUAGACUUCCAUCAACACCUCUGAUGAUUUUCCAUUCUCUAUCGCUUAUUAUGCAUUUCUUAAUUUCUAUGUUUUUAAAAUAUAAUUUAUUAUUUAUACCCCACCCAUCUGGCUGGGCUUCCCCAGCCACUCUGGGCGGUUUCCAACCAAAUAUUAAAUGCAGUAAUACAUCAAACAUGAAAAGCUUCCCUAAACAGGGCUGCUUUCAGAUGUCUUCUAAAAGUCUGGUAGUUGCUGUUCUCUUUGACACCUGAUGGAAGGGCAUUCCACAGGGUGGGCGCCACCACCGAGAAGGCCCUCUGCCUGGUUCCCUGUAGCUUUGCUUAUCGCAAUGAGGGAACCGCCAGAAGGCCCUCGGCGCUGGACCUCAGUGUCCGGGCAGAAUGAUGGGGGUGGAGACGCUCCUUCAGGUCUACUGGACCGAGGCCGUUUAGGGCUUUAAAGGUCAGCACCAACACUUUGAAUUGUGCUCGGAAAUGUCCUGGGAGCCAAUGGAGGUAUUUCAGGACCAGUGUUAUGUGGUCUUGGCGGCCGCUCCCAGUCCCCAGUCUAGCUGCCGCAUUCUGGAUUACUUGUAGUUUCCGGGUCACCUUCAAAGGUAGCCCCACGUAGAGCGCAUUGCAAUAGUCCAAGUGGGAGAGAACCAGAGCAUGUAAAUAUUUAAAACAUUUAAUUAUCCUUAACUAAUAAUUCUCCUCAUUAUCUUUCUUGCAACAUUUCAAAUGAUUCACCUUAUGAAACUUCUUGCAAUCCUACUAGCGUAAUCUGUCCAUCACAAUUGCUUUUCAAAUAGUUUGUAAAUUUACUCCAGUCUUCUGAGAAUCUCUGGUACCGCAGGUUUCGAAUCCUUCCUGUUAAUUUAUCUAACUCUGCAUAGUCCAGGAUCAGGCCAAUGGCUCAUCUAGUCCAGAUUCCUGUUCUCACAGUGUCCAACCAGAUGCCUGUGGGAAAUCUGAAGGCAGGAUUCGAACACAAGCCCUCUGCCGUCCUAGGGUUUCCAUCAACUGGUAUUCAGAAGCAUUGCUUCCCCCCAGCUGGGGAGGCAAGAAAAGGCCAUAAUGACUAGUAUAGCCAUCGGCAACCGUCCAUGAAUUUGCUUUAUCCUCUUUUAAAGGCAUCCUUGUCUCCAGUUGCAGGGAGUUCCACAGUUUAACACUCCAUUGCAUGAAGAAGGACUUCUUUUUAUCUGCCCCGACAUUCAGCUUCCUUGGAUGCUCACGAGUCCUCGUGUUCUGAGAGGGGGAAGAAACACUCCCUUAGUAAUAAUAAUAAUAAUAAUAAUAAUAAUAAUAAUAAUAAUAAUUUAUUUAUACCCCGCCCAUCUGGCUGGGUUUCUCCAGCCACUCUGGGCGGCUUCCAACAGAAUACAGUGGUGCCUCGCAGGACGAAAUUAAUCCGUUCCACGAGUCUCUUUGUCUUGCGGUUUUUUCGUCUUGCAAAGCACAGCUAUUAGCGGCUUAGCGGCUAUUAACGGCUUAGCAGCUAUUAACGGCUUAGCGGCUUAGCGGCUAUUAACGGCUUAGCGGCUAUUAACGGCUUAGCGGCUUUAAGAAAAAGGAAACAAACUCGCAAGACGUUUCGUCUUGCGAAGCAAGCCCAUAGGGAAAUUCGUCUUGCAGAACGACUCAAAAAACGCAAAACCCUUUCGUCUAGCGAGUUUUUCGUCUUGCGAGGCAUUCGUCUUGCGGAGCACCACUGUAUUAAAAUAUUAAAAUACAAUAGUAUAGUGAAGAUAGCUAUUCUUGAUUAGAAAAGGAAAUAAAUUUGAAGAAUGUAGCUUUCUCAACGUCUUCCCAAAAGUCUGUAUUUUAAAAAACACCCAAAAAACCCCCCAAUUGGAGGUCUGGUAUGCGGCUGAAGGGUGGCGAUAUCUGAGUUUUCCCUCAAGGCUCCCUGCAUAUUGAAUUUCUUGCUGCUCCUGAGAUCUUGAGGUUGGGUUUGGGUGCCAGUCGAGAUGCUUACGGGUCUCUGGGACGGAGGUCCAGUUAAAGGAGCUGUGCUGCGAGUCACGCCCUUUAUGAACCGUACCCCAACCCUGCAGACUAGCUGCUAUCACCACGCUCUAGAAAGUUGCGAUACGUGGGAUAUCCAAACCACGUUUUUGAAAGGGGGCCAUGCCCAUUAAACAGUAACAACACACCCACUAAAGAUGAAUGGGCAGUCAAAUUGUGUGAGUGCUUGGAGCUCGCGAAGCUGACAGAUGCAAUAAGAGAUAAACUUAAAAAGAAGAAUGGGGUUUUGUACGUUGCAGGAUGGGGGGGCUAGGGGCUCUGGGAUACAGCAGCUGCAGGUGGUGACCCCCCCGAUAACCUUUGCCUCUCGUCCCCCUCCCCAGCGGACGCCUGAGUGCUGCACAGUGCCUGCAACACCCCUGGCUCAACAACUUGGGAGAGAAAGCCAAGCGGGUCAACCGGCGGCUGAAAUCCCAGGUCCUGCUCCGAAAAUACGUGAUGAAGAGGCGAUGGAAGGUAUUUGCUUCUUUAUUACUGUAUUUUUCGCUCUAUAGGACGCACCAGACGAUAAGACGCACCUAGUUUUGGGGGGAGGAAAACAAGAAAAUAAAUAUUUUGAAUCCCAGAAGCCAGAACAGCAAGAGGGAUCUGGCUUCUGGGAUACCAUGUGGCUGUUCUGGCUUCUGGGAUGACUGCGCCAAGCCUCUUCAGGGCAGCAGGAUGAAGGCUCCCCCUGCCCGGAAGAGGCUGCGCAGGGCUAAGGCAGAAGCCAGGACAGCAAGCGGGAUCGCUGCGUAGCGAUCCCUCUUGCUGUCCUGGCUUAUAGGAUAGCCGCACGCAGCCUCUCUCGGGCAGGGGGAUGAAGGCUCCCCCUGCCCGAAGAGGCUGAGCACGGCUAAGGCAGAAGCCAGGACAGGCACGUUGCUGAAGGGGCGCUGCGCAGUUCUCCCUCUGUGCGCAGCGCCUCUCCUGCGAAGCUGCAGAAGGAACAGAAGGGUCUCCUUCUGUUCCUCCUCCCGCUUCGCUGAAGGGGCGCUGCGCAGCUCUACCUCUCUGCGCAGCGCCAUUCACUCCAUAAGACGCACUCACAUUUCCCCUUACUUUAUAGGAGGAAAAAAGUGCAUCUUAUGGAGCGAAAAAUACGGUAAAUUUCUGUCCUGAGCUUCCUCACAAAGGAAAGGGGCAGCCAGUCGUGGGAGGGAGCUCACCGUAUCCGGAAAUGGGGGGACGGCGGUUUUGGUCCAUUUUCCCACUCCCCUGUGAGUCAUCCCACAAGCUUUGGGCUCAGACUGGGAGGUAGCGCAAUGGCUGCUGGUGGGCCACCCACUGUUUUGGGGUGGGGUUCUAUCACACGCCAGCGGAAUUCAGGUUGCGCAAGUCUAGUUGAGUGGGAGGCCUUGCACAACAAACCUGCUUCCCCCCCAAAAGAUAAGACUUUUUGCAGCCAGGAAAGAGGAAGGGAAAUGCAGUUGCUUUGAUGAACAUCAUUUUAUAUAUAUAUAUAUAUAUAUAUAUAUAUAUAUAUAUAUAUAUAUAAAAUUAGUUUUUCAACAUAUCAUUUUCAACAGUAAUUAAACAUGCUUUCAUAUCUUAUACCAUUUUUUUGACUUCCAUCAAUCACAUCUGGAAAUUUCCCAAUCUAUUCACUAAAUAUACAUUUCUUACUUCCACAAUUACAUUUAAUUCAUAACUAAUAUCUCUAUUCUUUCUCCACUUUGCAAUGCUUCAUACAUUUCUCCUUACAAAACGUCUUGUGGUCCUACUAGCAUAAUUUGUUGAUUACAGUUGCUCUUCAAAUAGUUUGUAUAUUUCUUCCUGGAUGAACAUCAUCUAACCUCCCUGGAAACAAACCAUGAUCGGUGCUCAGUGAACCCAAAAAUUUAAAAAAAAAAAAUUCCCCCCUUUUUUAAAACAAUAUUCUUAUACAUUUAAAUCGUUUUCCGUUUUUGCACAUCUGAGAUUACUUGAAUCCCUGGACUUCCCCCCCACUCUCCCCUGGUUUCCAAUUUUUAUCUGUUUUUUUUAAUCUGUUGCAUCAAAAAUUACAUUUUUUCAAAAUCAUUUUAUAUCCUUUUUUAAACUUUAGUCAUUACAUUAGAAGUCUUAUAACAAUCCUGUUAACCUUUUAAAUAUCUUUGGUGUUCUUUAAGGUACUCUAUAAAUUUCUCCCACAUUUUGCUAAAAAAAUUUACCAGCUUGGUUUCUGAUCUCCACGGUCAACUUUGCCAUUUCAACAUAGUCCAUCAUCUUGGUUAUCCACCCUUGGUUGGGACUUUCUCUUCCUUCCACUUCUGGGCAAAAAGCAUUCUUUUUAAGUACUUUGGUAUUUAAUCCCCUAUUAUUCCCAAUAGAAAAGCUUCUGGUUUUUUGAUAAAGGCUAACUUGAACAUUUUUUUCAAUUCAUUAUAUAUCAUUUCCCAGAAUUACUAUUUUACACAUCCAUAGAAUCAUAGAAUCAUAGAGUUGGAAGAGACCACAAGGGCCAUCGAGUCCAACCCCCUGCCAAGCAGGAAACACCAUCAGAGCACUCCUGACAUAUGGUUGUCAAGCCUCUGCUUAAAGACCUCCAAAGAAGGAGACUCCACCACACUCCUUGGCAGCAAAUUCCACUGUCAAACAUCUCUUACUGUCAGGAAGUUCUUCCUAAUGUUUAGGUGGAAUCUUCUUUCUUGUAGUUUGGAUCCAUUGCUCCGUGUCCGCUUCUCUGGAGCAGCAGAAAACAACCUUUCUCCCUCCUCUAUGUGACAUCCUUUUAUAUAUUUGAACAUGGCUAUCAUAUCACCCCUUAACCUCCUCUUCUCCAGGCUAAACAUGCCCAGCUCCCUUAGCCGUUCCUCAUAAGGCAUCGUUUCCAGGCCUUUGACCAUUUUGGUUGCCCUCCUCUGGACACGUUCCAGUUUGUCAGUGUCCUUCUUGAACUGUGGUGCCCAGAACUGGACACAGUUCCCACUGCGCUUCAGCUGUGAAAGGCUCAGUAGCCUUGCCAGACAAAAUAGUUGGCUAGCUCUGAAACUUCACUUGCAGCUGGGCGACAACUAAUGGAAGGCUCUUCUGCAAAUUCAGCCAUGCACAAGCCCAAUGAAAUCAAUGUGGUUAAGUGCACCUAGCAGUAGCACAGGGUUGGGUUAUUCCCGACCUCGCUUGAGGGGGAGUAAACCCAGAAUCUUACCCAGGGCUCCCACAGACCAUUUCCCCUUCCUCAUAGGUAACAGAAGAAAUUCUGCAACAAAAGUUAGAAGCACAACCUUGAUGUGCAUUGUUUUAAUUUAAUUUUAAUUUUUAAUUUAUUAUAAUUUGACCCUGCGAUGUGAGCUUUCCAGCCUCAAUGCAAUUCCCCCUUUUUUUCACUCUUGUGUGCAUUUUCUUUUCCAACCGCGCAGAAAAACUUCAUCGGCGUCUGUGCUGCAAACCGGUUCAAGAAGAUCACCAGCGCGGGAUCCCUGACCGCGAUGGGCGUCUGA